GAAUUCAAACGCAUGGUUUCAGAAUGUUGCAGGUACGUGUCUGAAUUCAGGCAUUGCUAUUUUUACCUUGUUAAAGGUGUGUCAUAGGAAGACAAUUAGUUUGUAACGCAAUAACUGUACCGAAGUAUUUGUGAAGGUUAAUAAUGCAGUGACAGUUGUUAGGUGCAGUCACCCAGGUACUUUUUUAAUCUAUUAACAAGAGGUGUAUUCCCCUAGGAGGAAAUGAUUUUACAAGAAGAUUAGCAUUUGUUCUAAUGUCACUCUUGAUAAAAGUAAGUGGGAUGGCAUUCACUGUAUCUGUAUGUUCAUCAUUCCUGGAGAUAUUUCUGCAAUAAUGUAUGGAUCAUGCAAAUGUAUCCAAUUGCAUAGAAGCUAAAGGGAUUGUAGAGGAUGUAUAAAUUCAGCCAUUCACUAAUAAUUAACAUGUAGAAAAUUACUUUUGCAUUUUUGUUGGGGACAAAUGUCAGUGUUUUUAGUGUUUAAAAUAUAUCCUUUUGAAAGUGUAUAAACAAAGUUUGUUUUUGAAACAAAAUGAUAUUGUUUUUGUUAGUUUGCUGUCCCAAUGCAGUAUGCUGCGUCCGCUGGAAACCUGUAGAAAAUGUGCAACCAAUCAAAUCAUUGCAUUGAUGAUCAACGAACCUAAUACUUCUCUAUGAGAAGUAUUGCAAUGCAGAAUGUGAAGUAAAUACUUGAAAGUCCUCUAGUGGCUGUCUCUUUGUCAGCCACUAGUAUCAUCAACCUUAGUAUCAAAUGUAUUUGCAUUGACAAUGCCUACAUUUUCAGAGUGCCAGGAGAGAAUCUGUACACUAAAGCCACUGCAGUAAAGUAGCACUUCAGGUACCAUAACAACGUAAUCAAAAAUAAAGCAGACCAACCGGCGAGGGAGAAUAGAAAUAAUAUGAUCCUUCAAGUUUUAAAUAACAAUAUAAAAUCUACACCAAUUACAUGUAUUACAUAUGAUACAAAGUAUAUUAAUUUUUCCGAGACGAAAAUGUGUUCUCCAAACUUUAUAAAUACGUAUCAUGCUGUUCUAACUCAUCUCUACAAACAUUGAUGUGAUUUACUGCUCCGUGGUUCCCCUCUUCUUUUCCCUGACCAUUCUGAUACCUGACUUCCUUACUUCCUUUCAUAAUAUUAAUAAACUAAUAUUCGUAAUACAAUAAGCAUUCCCCUUUAAUUAGGAGAUAAUUGAGUCAAGCACUAUACUAAACUCCAUUAUCUCCAAACACAGAAAAACACACAUUUUUACAAAACCCCCAAAACACACAAAAUCCCCACAAAUGUUCCAUUCCCUGAUAGCCCUGAUCUCGGUGACCAACAUAUCCAAAAAUCACCCAGAUCAGUUCAGGGGUUCAGAAAUGUUAUGGAAGUCAUGUAUUUGACCGACCGCAGGCAUGCUCCCAUGCCCAAAACAGAUCCAUAGAAUUAGGGCUUGCGGUCGGUCUAGUUCAGUAGUUUGAAACGAACAAACUACCGAACAGAGUCAAUAGUCUUACCCUGGAGCUUGUUCCCUCUAUCUAGACGAAUGAUCUCACCGAACAGUGCCCUUCUAAGCUGAAUAGAAACAAACGCAGGUGAUGAUGGAAGUCCAGCGGUGUUCGGGAGUUUCUGUAUCCGAUUUUAGUUCCAGGAGAUUCAUGCCCAAACACCGCUGCCUGCGUCCAUGCGAACAAGAUGGCUGCCACCUCGUGGUUGUCUAUAGGAAUUGCAGCCAUCCAGACGAACAAUUAGAACACUGCGGGGAGAAACAUUCCAAGUUGUUAAUAGGUGUUAACAAGCUCCAGGGUGGUCUCUGGUUCAUGCGGUUGUUCGGUAAUUCGAAGUGCUGCUUCAUAAGUUCAAAAAAGGCACAAACAGUGAUUUAAACAAAGUUUUAUCACAGUGUCCAUAGUGACAGGGUAAAAUUCUGGCAAGUAUGCCCCUCCAAGAACCCGAGAUGAGGUCCAGUUUGUCUCAAUGGUUAUGGUUUAUUAUUUCGGCACACUGGUGUCUGGGGAUUGAAUAACACUAAUGGUACUUUAAUUAAAUUAUCUCCCAGAGAUGCACAUUGUUUUAGUUUGUGACCACCUGUUACUACUGUCCCAAUAUAUACAGCAGUUUGGUGACAAUAGUGUAUUCUUGUACCCUGCAAUAUGUGUCAUGUAGUGAUUGGGGAGGAUUAUAGUCACUGAAGAAUGACUUUCUCCAGUGUGGAGAACUAUCGGUGGAGGUACUUGAGCACUGGCCUCCGUCACAGUUCCUUUAAGGUAAUCAGUGUUAGUCGUUAUUGUGGUAAUAUAAAAAAAUUGUGCAUAGUCAACAUUCUUUGGAGGAAAGCCACAGGUAGACUGCAUGCCUUUCAAUUUUCCUCUUUGGCACUUCAUAAACAUCUGUCAAAACACAGUCAGCAAUAUUACUGUUAAUAUUAAAACAUAACUGAUUUUAUUGAGAGUAAGCAGAAUGAUCUUUGAGACAUUAAUUGGUUAUCUCCCUUCUCUCAGUAAUAGGGUCAAAAGCUAAAACCAAGUCAGGCAAACAGAAGCUUCUGAUAAACCUUUAGCCUGAAGGUCCGAAUUGAAGUUUAAAAACAACACUAGCCAGCAAAGAAAGAGAACAUUCAGUCAGACCGAAAGACGACAAUGGCAGCAAUUAAACCUGGACAGGAUAGUGGGAAUUUAUCUGUCGUGGUCCAUGGAAUCGGAGAUCUGCGUCUGGUAACCAUUUAACUAUAAACCCAAGUUUUAGGCAUGCAUGACAAUGUAUUUACUGAUAUAUACCGUCACCUUUGGCACGAUUCUGUAAUUCUACAUUCUCUUACUUGUUGUUAAUUUAGCUAUGUCUUUUGACGCAAUGCUAAAUUGAAAGCAGGAUUCAAUAGACUUGUUAAGCACUUUUAUGGCUAAAUCAAUUAUAGAUAAAAUAUUAGAUGCUUUCAUGUUUUUCCCAGAUAUUUGAAUGUUAUGUAACAUGUAUUUGCUUAGUCAAUCCAGGAAAGUUAAUUUAUUUUUUGUAAUAAUGGUCUGUGGUAAUUUGUCAUCUAUUGCCAAUAAAGAGACAUGACUCAAAUAAUAAACAUUCCUUUGUAAUCAUUGACUAGACACACGGUGACCAUAAUGCAUGCAUACCUACAUAUAUAUUUGUAUUGUUUUUCACCUGUGUAAACAGUGGUGUGCCUAGUUCUUAUGGAACUGUAUCUAACUUCCUUGUUAUUCCUGAGAAUUAUAUAGAAUUUUAUAUUUUUAACCUGCAAUAUAGAUAGAACAAACCGGGUUCUAAUCAAAGAUCAUUUUGUGAUUGUUUAGUGUUUGAUUAAAGGAAUCACUAAUUGCAUAUCAAUUCUACACUGUUUACAGUAUUUUUAUUUCAUUUUUUUUUUUUUUUUUUAAUGUUAAGGAAAAUCGUCCAGUACCCGUACCAGGUCCAAAUGGUAAGUCUUCAAUAAUCUAUAUAGAUGUAUCCUCUAAACCCUAAAUUCACCCAUUAGGCAUUGUAUAGUGGGCUAAUUGUUGUGUUCUAAAAACUCAAAUUAUAAUUAUAUAAAUAUUCGCUAAAAUUACUUCUAUACACUGCAUCCAAGACCUAAGAUAUAAGAUUAAUUGAAAAAAUACUGAUCUUUCUUUUUUUUUAGGGCUGCCCCGCUUUAUUGAAACCUUAUAACAACUAAUACAUGUGAUGUCUGAGCAGAAUAUCCCCACCAACUUGAGUUCACUUAGAUAUACUCCUAAGUGUAUUUUACUAAAAUUUCAAUCAUCAGUAAAUCGACCAUGCAGUCUUCAAAAAUUUCCAAACUGGAAAAACUCUUCUUCUGGACUAUAUUUUACCGUGGUUGUUUUAGUUCAACGUUUUACAGCGAGUUAAAGGACCACUAUAGUGCCAGGAAAACAUACUCCCCCUCCUGCCCGGCUCUGGAAAGGGGAAAAGGGGUUAAACUUACCUUUUUCCAGCGCUGGGCGGAGAGCUCUCCUCCUCCGAUCCUCCUUCUCUCCUUCCAUGCGGCUGAAUGCGCCCACGCGUCAAGAGCUGCGUGCGCAUUCAGCUGGUCACAUAGGAAAGCAUUCAUAAUGCUUUCCUAUGGACGCUUGCGUGCUCUCACUGUGAAAAUCACAGUGAGAAGCACGCAAGCGCCUCUAGUGGCUGUCAAUGAGACAGCCACUAGAGGAUUAGGGGGAAGGCUUAACCCAUUCAUAAACAUAGCAGUUUCUCUGAAAAAAUGGGUUAACCCUAGAAGGACCAGGCACCCAGACCACUUCAUUAAGCUGAAGUGGUCUGGGUGCCUAGAGUGGUCCUUUAAUGGAUAAAUGCACAUAUUUAACCCGUUCUGCAUUAUACUCUAAAAUAUCUAUAAUUCUUAAGACCCGCCAUACAAUACAAAUGCAAUUCGUUUUUACGUCACUUGACUAAUACUUUUUUUUAUUUUUUUAUUUUUAUAAUUUUUUAGAUAAGUGGCAAACAGCUCAGUCUAGAGACUGUAGUUUUUAAGAUAAGUUUUAUGAUAAUUAAGUCAAGUGUAAAGUGAUACUCAUGUCAACAAUUAGUGGUGCAUACCAAGAGCUGAUCAUUUAUAUAAAGAAUACAAAUGAUACCCCCUGUGCAAUAACUUACAUUAGACAGCCUUACCAUGUUGAAGAGGAGAAAAAAAAAAAAAAGGAUGCAUCUACUGUAGGUUUGUUAGACCACGGAGUGUAGUAUUUUGGCCAGGAAAAAACGUGCCAACCAACAAAUGAUGCCCAGAUAGGGCCAAAAUUAUAUUGUUAAAGUUCUCAAAAUAGUUUGACUACUUUGCAUCAGAUCAGACGACCAUAGCUAGUACAGCAAUAUGUCAUGGCUAGACUGCCCCUUUAAUAAAAGCCUGUGGCUGUCGCUUGCAAAAUGCUGCUGCUGCAAUACAGUUUUACUUUUGGUGGCAAAUUUCAGUUAGUUUUAAUCCUGGCCUUUUGACCAAAACGCCAUGUUAGUUUUAGUCCUAUUUUUUAGUCACCAGUAUUGUAGUCGGCACAACUAAAAUCUAACGGGUUUAGUUAAAGCCUCUGUUAAAGCCUCUGUGUAUCUUUGUAUGUUCCCCAGCCCCUAUGGGCGUCUCUCCCCACCUGUCUGUCUCUUUUUUUCCCCUUUUUCCCCCCUUCCUCUUGUCUCUUCCCCCCAGCACCUUGUCUUUUUCCCCCCAGCCCCUCUUUGUUGCUUUGUAUCCUACCAGCUCCUCCAUGCACCUCCUUUCCCCCACGUCUCAUUCCCCUAGCUAUCCAGGUGUCUCCCCCAGCUCCUCCAUGUGUCUCAAGCAUCUCCAUGUGCUCAUUUCCCUUCCCAGUCCCCCCAUGUGUCUCAUUUUUCCAACCCCCCUUGCCCCCCCUCAUGUGGCUCAUUCCCCCAGCCCCCUCAUGUGGCUUAUUUCCUCUUUUCCCUUACCCAUGUGUUUUACCUGCCAGUGUUAAUUUUUGCAUGACAUUUAUUGUUAGUUAUAGGCUUUUGACUAAAAAACUAUUUAAAUUUUAGUCGUAUUUUAGUAAUUUGAAUUGUUUUAGUCGGCGAUAUUUGAAAAAUAUUUUUGUUUGUUGACAAAAUUAACACUAAUGCAGAAAUAAGUGACCAUGUCACCUUGGUGACCUUUGCAAUAUAAGCAAAGACUCUGAAAGAGACAGUGCUGCAUUAAUGCAGCUGCACAGCUGAGAGAAGCUGACUGCGCCUGCUUGCAAAUCUCUCCCCAACAAGAAAUAGGCUUAACCAAUCCGCUUUCCAUUCUCGUUUGUGGGUUUUGAGCUUACUCUACAGAAUUCUGUUUUAAGUUAAUUUCCACUAAAUAUAUUCAGGGCAAUUUUUUAAUAAUUAAUUAUAUACUAAUUAAUUAUUAUUUAUUUUUAUUUUUUUCUGUGAUGGUUUUUAAAAAAAGUGUGAAACCCCAUGGAGUUAUUUUGUAAUGCUAUUAAUCAUUACUAUUCAUGAUAAGCAAUAUCACUUAUUUCUGUUCAAUGGAACUUCUAGUUGAUCUAAACAUGCUAUUUUUAAACUCAACCACACCUUCUCAUAGAUAUCAAUUAAUCUAUAUGGUUGCUACCAACUUUAGUAGCGCAAUCUAUUAAUCAUUCUUAGUACUGAAAGCUAACCCUUUCAUCCACAUCUUUUAUGGAUUAAUAGUUGAGGUCAGAGAAAAAUCUAGGACAGCUGUUUUAAUGACAGAAUAUGAGAAACUCCAUAGUUUGUCCUAUCGGUAAAUCCCCGCUCAAGUCUCAAAAUAGUUUUUGCUCACGUGUGCCAUUACAAUGAGAACAUAUUUCAAGGCAUAGCAGACUGAUCACAUCCAUAAGGGAAAUUCAGAACCAAAAUGCUGGCAAGCUCUCACGGCAUGAGAGAUAUAGCAACCAUGCACAAUCAUUUUGCCCUUCUUUGGGCCUCGUCAGUGAGGUCUAGCUGAUACAAUGAGCAUGGGGUCCACACCUGGAUUACCCUUUUAACUUGGGAUGAGCCAAGUUAGUGCAGCAAAGACAAAGAAUUUGAGAACUCUGACAAUGGACAAAAGCUUAGAGAAACUCUGUAGCUUGACCUUCUGUAAAUCCCAGCUCAGGUUUAAAAAUAAAUGUAUAUUAAAAAUGUUGCUAUUGACAAUACAAACCAGUUCAGUCCUUGCAAUAAAUUGUAUAGAGGGUGGAAAACACUGAUUUUUAGCAAAUUAACCUGAAAAGUGUAUUUUUGUAAGGUUCAAAAGGUUUUUUCGAGUUUUAAUACAUUUUUUUUCUGUGAUUCUCUCACUAUAGUUAUUUUUUAUUUUAUAGCAAACUUAUAACCGGAUCUAUUCAGUACCAGAAUAGAAGUAAAUAUAGCCAUGUGGAUUUCUACACUUUAGUUUUUUUUUUUUUACCCAGACACAUAAUUUGUUAAUAAUAGAGUCCUCUACUCAGUUGGUAGAUAUUACCCCAUUCAAUUCACAGUCACUAAAUAGUAACCCUUUCACUCCAAUAACUAAAUAGUAAAGCAGAUACCUUUAGAAAUGUAUGAAUGUAAUUUGUGCCCAGAGAAUCAUGGGAGUUGUAAUUCAGCAACAUCUGGGGGGCUGAAAUUUUGAUAUGCUUGCAUUAAAGGAGUGUUCCGAGCUACUAUAGUUACAUAGGCUGAAAAAAAAAUGUCCCUCAAGUUCAGCCUUCCUCACAUCUGCUUUUUCCUGUUGAUCCAAAAGAAAGUAGAAAAAGAAAAAAAAAUGGGUUUGAAGCACUUCCAAUUAUGCAACAAACUGGGAACAAAAUUCUUCUUGACCCCAAAAUGACAAUCAGAUUUCUCCAUUUAUCAAGAAGCUAUUAACCUACAUUUGAAAAAAUAUAUCCUUGGGUAUUCAGUUUUUACAAGUAUGCAUGUAGUUACUGUUUAUGGCAACUGUCUAUAGUCAGCUGUACCCUGGCACCGUACCAGUGUAAUAAGUCAAACUGUUUUAGACCAUUUUCUUGAACCCUUACUCUAUCCCCUAACCCGAACUUGAAACUGGCAUGUAAUAUAAAAGAUGUAUAAUGGUGAAAUCAUUAUUAGAAUAUGUGAGCUGCCUGCUUUUGUUUCUUCUCUCAAAUGUAUUUCUUAUGGCAAGAGGUAGGUAGUGUGCCAACCUCUCUGUGUCACAUUGUCUCAUUGCAGAGGUCUUGCUGAAGAUGCAUUCUGUCGGAAUAUGUGGUUCAGAUGUCCAUUACUGGCAACAUGGUCGCAUUGGAGAUUUUGUUGUAAAAAACCCAAUGGUUUUAGGACACGAAGCUUCUGGAACAGUGGUCAAAGUUGGUUCCUCAGUUACUCACCUGAAACCAGGUAAACAUAAAUCGACAGAUACACUUUUCUUCAUGCAAACAAAAACUUGGGCCAUAGUUUGCACAUUGUUAAACUGUGCAUUGAUUUAACAUGGAUAUACUUGGCACAUGUUUUAGGAUUAUUCAUUAAACACUGAAUUUUUAUCAAAUUUAAUAUUGAAACGUAAAAUUUUAAAUGAAAAUGUCUGAUUUUGAAAUAUUCUGCAGUAGAAUUUUUUUGCUGAUGUAGACGCAGAUGCAAAGCUGUCAGAGAAUACCUGCCCUUUGCCAUUCUGAAUUCAGGAUGUAGAACAGGACAGGAAUAGAUAAAAUAAAUGUUAACGUUUUUGUAAAUUAAAUUUAAAAAGAGACGGAAACACAGGGCUGUGGAGUCGGCACAUAAAACCAUUGAUUCGGACUCCACAAAUUAUGUUCUCAUGGACUCUGACUCCUUAUAUUAUGCAUUGCCUCACAACGGGCUGGAGCCAGGGCUGAACAAGGGAGGUCUGCACAUCCGCCAUGUGCAGAUCUGAGUACUCCCCUUCUGGAGUCUGACGCUCUGUACGUAUCCCAUAAGUCUCUGAUUUACUGAAAAUAACACAGUACGUGUCCAGCACUGCAAUAAAAAUAAGCUCUAUUGCUUCGCUGAAGUGAAAAGGAGAUCUUGUCACAAGUUGCUGAGUUUAGGGAUUUGCUUAAAACUUGGCACAUUUUGUAUCUGGUUUUUUUCUGAAGUUACCUUGUUCUCUUCUAUGUGCAUUAUGUUCCUGAUACAUUUAAAAAAAACAAAAAAAACAAACAACAAAUCUGGAUUGUGCCUUUACAUUGCCCAAAGGUAUAUUUGUUUCUGAGAUGUUUAACAGUGGCAAUGGAGCAAUUGUUUGCAUUUACCGCUUAAAGGCCCUUGAACCAAAGACUAAAUAUUUGCUUCCUACUGAUUAAACUUGUUUGUGCAGCAUUGUAGAUUUAAAAAAAUCAGGAAUGCACUGAUUAGGAGAAAAUACGUAUCCUGCUCCAAUAUUACAUAUACUAAUAAUAAUAAUGAGCACAUGUUUGGCUGGAAUGGCUGUUUUUUUUUUUUUUUCCUAUUAGUUUUAGAAGUGAAAAACAAAUAAAUAAGAUGUAUUGUAUUGUAAGUGAAUUAGCAAAAAUAUACACCAAGAGGAAAAAAAAUAAAAUUUGCGGUAGCAAACAUAUCUUCUCUUUAUUGAAUAUCCAUGUUCAUAUCCAGAUAGAAGAUAUAUUAGCAGCAAAGUAAAUAAAAGUGCUAACUUGUCAUGAGACUUCCUGUCUUUGCAGACCCUUUUUUAAUAGCUCCCAUAGUAGCUGUGUGGGUAAAGCAGAUGUUUGGAUAUUAACAUGGAUUUUUAAUAAAGAGAACAAUUAUUUGCAACAAUUCUGUUUUUAUUCUUUAUCUUGGUGAAGUGCUGUUAUUUUGGUAUUUUUGUUGGUUUUCUCUGUUUGGUAGCUAUUCUAAUAUGUCCCCCCAAGGGACUACACUGGUACCUCUUUAAUUGUUGCCUAUGUGAUAAUUACAUUUUCACAUUCACAUUUUUCACAUUCUUUAACAGGGAAGCAGCUGAGUCAUUCAUUUUUGUUGCAGAGUACUAUUGUAAGUGAAUCUGUAAUCCAUAAAUCAUAUGGAUGACAUAUAUUAGGUACCUUUAAAUGUAAUGUGUGCUUAUUCACCAGUGCUAAAAGAUAUUCUUACAUGCAUAUUGCUCCAUACAGACCUCCUCUACACACGCUUGUAUGUACUUACAUAUCCAAAAUAUGUUUGGUGUCCUACAAUUCCUAUAAUGCAGGUGAAUGCUGUGAGUUAUAUGAUGCGGCCGAGUCAUGUAGGCACAGUCUUACAUUGCUAAUCUGAUUCUGGUUACAUUAGUUCUUUGUGUUUGCAACUUGAAUUCUUCUCGGAAAAGUGAUUUUUGGGGAAGUUCAGUUUUCAUCCUCUAGUGCAAAAUUAAAGGGACACUGGAAGUAUCAAAAUCUUACAGGGUUAUUUACUAAACUGAGAAUUGUCAGUAAUGUAAAGUGAUCUCUAAAUUUAUGGCCAAAGUCGCCAAACACGAAAAAUUCUCCAAGUCAACUAUGCUUCCAGUUCAGCUUCUUUAGCUUUGAAUUUGAAAUUCAUUUUGAAUUCUCAAUAAUGCUUAAUUUGAUAAAUAACACUAUCAGUCAUGAAUUUGGCCCUUUUAGCCUUGCAUUUAAAAUAUGUGAUCAAUAUGCUGUUUGUCCAUAAUGCUUCUAUGAGAAAUAUUUAAUUGGACAAAAAAUAUCAAUCUUGAUAACAUAAAUAAAACUAAGGCUACAGAUAUAUAAUUGUCUCCAGCCCAGUCUACUGUGCCUUACAAAAAGAAAAAAAAAUGUUUGGAACUAUUUUGAAAUCAUAGGGGAGCCCUUGAUUCUUCCUUCUUUUAUCGAUAUUCUCUUUGUUGUGAUGGGAGGCCAAAUCAACAGCAGACCAUUAACUCACACACGGAGUGUGACAAGGUUUUCUUCAGUUGACUGUUAAUAUAUGUUCAAUUAGUCUCUCAUGACUUAAAGGGACACUCCACUGUUUAGUAGAUAUAAAACCAAUGAAAACAUGCAUGCACUUAAUUAUAUAUUUUUUUUCUCAUUGGUGUAUAUCUAUCUAAAAACGGAUUACAAAAGUUGCAGAUCUCUUGUCUACUGCUUUUCCAUGCCCUCCCUUCUAACUCUGCCAAGACUGUCCAAUCACAGACUUUCCAAUGCAGCUAAUUGAGAAGUCUUUGCAACAGGACCAUCUGAGUCUAACAAGGUUAAUUUAUAAACAUGUAGGUGAUGUGUAGAGUCCCACAAGGGGAAACCAACAUCAGGAGAGCUCUACUGUAUAAGAAAUGAGGAAGGGAGGCCCUACCUUUAAUAAAUCUAAGGUUAUAAAGGGAUAUGCAAACAAAAAGUAUAACUUGAAAAAAAGGGAGAUCUGGAGUACUAGCUAGCAUCUAAGUUCCAGUUCCUCUAGUGUCCAACUGACUGGAAGGUAUUGUAAACGAGGUUAGGGAGAGAGAAGAGGCACAGGGUCCCCAGAGAACAAGGGACCUAGUAAUCAGGUCUAAACACAGAUCAUUCCUCAUUUCUUAUACAGUGGAGCUCUCCUGAUGUUGGUUUCCCCUUGUGGGACUCUACAUAUCACCUACUCCUAUUACCUACUAAUAGCUCCCUAUUAGGUGGUUAUAGUGGUGCAGCUCAUGAGCCCUUGACUUGUAUCCGGACUCUGUUUACUUUACUGACCUGCACUCUGUUUACUUUAUUUCUCCAUUCUGUAAUUUAUAAACAUGCCUAUUUAUAUUUAAUAUGUGUACUUUUUGUAAAAUGGAAAAAAAGAAGGCAAACUCCCCAUAAAUAAAGCAUUUCAGCAAGCUAAAGUGGUUUACGGGUGUGGAGUGUGACCCGUUAAAUGGUGAAAGAGGUCUGGACACAUAAGGUUACAUCCAGUGUAGAAAUGCAAUGAAUGGCAACAUUUCUACUUUGCAGAGUCUUUACUAAGCCCGGGAACCAAAAAGUUGCGUUUUUAUUCCAGUAAAGUCUUCACUGGAUGUAACGGUGUGCCUGGACGUCUUAACAUCACAUCACUAUUUACACUGGAAAUAAGGUUUUGCCACUUUUGUUUGUGUGGCACAAAGUGUGGAUUCAGAAGUGUGUGUGUGCCCUAAACUUUGGUUUCAUAAUGUAUUUCUUAAAUUGUCGGUGAUAGUGCAGCAAAUGAACAGUUUGUCAUUUUAGUGCAGUACAUAUUGGGGAAAAAGUAAUUCCUUGGAUUGUCUGCACACAUGUUGUACGCAUGUAUGUGGAUUGUGAAUGACAGAACAAAGUUGAAAAGUUGGCUCUCCAGUGGAGACAUUCAGUAUGGCAAUUCUCAUUGCUCAACCUAUUUACUUGUUAAACGUGUUUGGAAACUCCCAAGUGAUAACAGGCUAAGUCAAUGAGUAAUGGGUUUAUAGAAUCAACAUUGGAAAAAUAGAAAUGCAAAACAAAUCACAGCAUCACAAAGAAUAAAAUGUAUUAAAAAACAUUGCUCUUUAUCAUGUACUGUGAGAGAAUUUAAGUUUGAGAUGCCAUUCCCUUGACAUCCUUGACACACACGCAUUCCCUUGCAUCAUCACUUCCUUUCAUUACAAAUUAAGCAAAUGCAACAAAAGGAAACAAACAUACUAAUAAUUAUCAAAAUAAUAUCAAUCAGAAUGUUAAAAUCCUUACAAAUAUUGAAUCAAAGUGUAUGUGCCAGCAACUGAGAUGAAAAUUAGUUUUUCUGCAGUUUUUAAUAUGUAUGUCAAAACAAAAAGAAAAGCUACUUAAAUAUAUGUUGCUUAUUCCUUGCAGGUGACAGAGUGGCUAUAGAGCCCGGGGUUCCACGCGAGACAGAUGAAUUCUGCAAGACAGGUCGCUACAAUUUGUCUCCCACCAUUUUUUUCUGUGCAACACCUCCCGAUGAUGGCAACCUAUGUAGAUAUUACACGCACCAUGCAAACUUCUGCUACAAGUAAUUACUUUGUGAAAGCUAUUUACAAUAACUUUGUAUUCUGGGCACCAUGAUGCUGUCAUGUAUCCUCAUAUCGCACUUUAAAAAAACGCAUAUGUUUUUGUGGCAGAACUACUACCCAUUCUUAAGUUUUUUUCCCCUUGUUCGCAAAUCAUGUUUGGGCUUGAUUAGAAGAUUAUGCUUGUCCCAUUCUGAAUGUAAUAGAAAUGAGGCUUAGUUAUUAAUCUGUGGGUAAUAGCUAGUGUCUCUUUUGGAUAUGAUACUGGAGCUCGGGAGGUUUUCUUGAGGGCUAAUGACUAUUCAUAUCAAAGGACACCUUAUCUAGGAGGAAAUUAGGACAUAUGGCAAGUGAGAGAGAGCGUUCAUACUGAAGCUAGACUUCCAGGCCACUUGUGUGUGACUUCACACCUUGUAGAGUGGCUCAGUUGGGGUCCCAGCUUCAAAGAGGAAUUUGGGUUGUAAGCUCCCAGGCAAUCAGAUUAGCCCUUUUUGAAAAUGUAUAUUUGGAAGCGUUUAGAAUAUUGUAUAGUUUUCUGUAGAGGGUCCGGGAGGAAAAACCCUGUAUUAUUGUAUGGGAGACCCCAUGUAGGGGUUUGUGCAUAAAAGCCAUGUGUUCCAAUAAAGGUUAGUUGACUCCCAGGUAUUUACUUGUGCUGAUGGUUCCAGAGUGGCUGAAGGAAGAUAAUAGCUGAGGUAACCAGUCGGGUUACCCGUGGUCCGCUACAUUUGGUUGGCAGUGGUGGGAUAGUACUUCCCAGCUGAACGGAACCAGUGUUCGGGAAUCGAACAAACAUGGGGCCCAGCUACACUGAGGCAGAGUAUGACAAGAUGCUGAAGGAGCUGCUGUGAAAUACAUAUAGCACACAAGGAAAAUAGUGGCUGAGUGCACAGCAGAACAGGCAAGCAGGUGGGCACAGCCCUCACCCCAGCAGCAGUGUGCAGUCCAGGGAGAGAAGCGUGUUGUUCUUCCUCCCUAGACGCAGUGCGAGUUAUUGGAAGUGGAGACAACCGGUUUCUCUCCCCAUCAGCAGAGUAUGUUACAGGGAGUGGAGACAACCGGUUUCUCUCCCCAGCGGCAGAGUAUGUUACAGGGAGAAAAGUGUAUUGUCCUUCCUCCCCAGCGGCAGUGGUAGUUAUUGGGAGUGGAGACAACCGGUCUCACUAACCAGCGGCAGAGUAUGUUACAAGGAGUGGAGACAACCGUGCUCACUCCCCAGCGGCAGUGUGGGGUCCAGGGAGAAGAGACAGUCGGUUUACUGUAGAGUAUGUUACAGGGAGAGAAGCGCAUCGUCCUUCCUCCUCAGCAGCAGAGUGUUUUAUUGGGAGUGGAGACAACCGGUCUCACUUCCCGGAAGCUGUUUGAGCUACUGCGAGAGGAGGUAGUUGACCCCUCUCCCCAGCGGCACAUAACCAUUGAAACAGAGGAUGUCGUGGUUAAGACCGUGGUCACCACCCUGCAAGUAUAAGAAUUGGCUCCUCCGACUCUUCCUGAGGCUGACCCCAGCGACCUGUUAUGGUCUGGUCAGCGAAUAGCAGGUGAGACUACGGCCACCACUACCAGUUCCCUUAAGGAUGCACCUGUAUCAGAGCAGAGUGCAGCCAGCCCCUGCUCUCCCAUUCCCCUGGUUCCUGACCCUAGCUGCCUUGCAGGGUUCGGAAGGCAGUUUGGUGUGGAGGCUCUGGGUAGAGGACAGGUAGCCUCUACCCACCCCUGGUACCUAAGUUGGGCCCCAGCAGCCUUGCAGAGUCCCAGAAGCUAAUAGUAGCAGCGGCUCAGGUCUCGGAGCAGAGUGCCGCCAGCCUCUGCCCACCCUUGUUUAGGGACCCUUGCAGCCUCAUGGUGCCCAGACACACGAUGACCGUGUGGGGCGCGGGCCUCUGGGCAGAGGGCAAACUGCCUCUGCCUAUCUAAGCGAUGGUCCCUGGGAACGGGUGCCGAGCUGAGUGAGAUUCAGGGGGAAGAUGGUGUAUUACUUGCCUCCUCCCCAGUAUCCCGAACAGCUCCCGGGGGAGAGCACAGUCGGCUCUCCUCCCCAGAAGCCAGCAACGACCCCAGCGAUUAACAGGAAGCGGAGCCGCGACGGACUCUAAAACUACUCCCAUCCUCAGCCAGCUAGGAAAACCGCAGCGACCCCGGUGAUGGAAUGGCCGGGAGGGCACGCUUGUUUGGGUGGGGGUUAGCGGAGGUAACCAGGCGGAUUACCUGUGGUCCGCUACAGUUUUCUGUUAAUAAUUUUCAAGUACAUUUUAGUUUGGAUUUUUUUUGUUUGUUAUAAAUGAAUAAAAGAUUUCUAGUUGAUAAAUGACCUAAAACUUAGAUCAGCUCCACACUAAAUAACACUAUACGGCUACCUUUAUUGUAGUUUGGUUAGACGAAAUUAACAAACAUCUGUUGGAAAUAGAGCUUUAAAGGAACACUAUAAGCUCCAUAGCCACAACUGGAGUGGCCCGGGUUCCUUGCAGUGUAAGUAGUCAAACUGUUUUAGAACUUCUUAUCUGGUGUCUGUCAGGUAUUGCUGCCUGUGUCUGACACUUGAAGCUCUUGGCCUUGGAUAACCCUGGUAGUUCAUGGCUUAGAUCAUCAACUGAGAGCAACCAGUCUUGACAGAAGGACACAGCAAGGGUUUUUUUUUCAUGUUGUCAUGGGUUGCAAGGUCUCUUAUUGUAUCUUGGUCACUGCUUCUUCAAUCCUGCUAUGGUCCUGUAUUUCUGCUUCAGCAUAAAAUGAUUAUAGCUGCAGGAAUAGUGAAUAUAGCCCUCUUGUGAAAUUCCUCAUUAUAGUGGACAAGACCAGUUGUAUUGGGUAAAACAACUGAACUGUUGUUUGUAGAGAAAAUGUAUUUAUACUAGGGAUCGAGCCGAUGCCGAUAAUCUGUGAACUUUCAGGCCAAUAGCCGAUAACUUGCCGAUAUUCUGUACAUUUACCAUUUUGAAAAAAUAAACUAAUCCUAAAGAUAAAUGCACAAAAUAUACAUGCCACGUGUAGUGGAUGAAGUGUGUUUAGACAGGGGAGCUGUGUGUGUUUGUGUAGUGUGUAUAGUGAAUGCAGUGCGUGUUUGUGUAGUGUGUGUGUAUAUAUAGUGAAUGCAGAGUGUGUUUGUGUAGUGUGUAUAGUGAAUGCAGAGUGUGUGUUUGUGUAGUGUGUGUAUAGUGAAUGCAGGGUGUGUAUAUAAUGCAGUGUGUGUGUGUUUGUGUAAUGUGUAUAUAAGGCCGUGUGUAUGUAAUGUGUGUUUGUGUAGUGUGUGUGUGUGUGUGUAUAUGUAGUGUGUGUGUGUUUGUGUAGUGUGUGUGUGUGUAAAAUGGGGGAGAGGGGCAUUUUGUUAUGUUAAUUUUUUUUAUUUUAUUUUUUAAUAUUUAAAUGGUGUUUUUUUGUUUUUGUUAGUCCCACUGGUGUUAGUAUUCCCUGGUGGUCCGGUGGCUUGUUAAGUACUGGGGGCGGGCAGCAAGCGCUGACUUACCUUGCCAGCAGCUCCUCCAGCUCCCCUGUGUAAAUCUCGCGGCCCUUACUGCUGUGCGGAGCGUUGCCAUGGUAACCCAUGGCAACGCUCUGUGGUUGCGGGUCUCGGGAGAUUUAGACAUGGAGCUGCAGGAGCUGCUGGCAAUAAGUCAGCGCUUCUGCCCCAGGACCGCCGGGCUUGUGAUGAGCCUGGCGGUUCUAGGAGGUAUUAUCGGCAAUAUCGGUAUCUAUAUUGCCUGAUACCGAUAUUGCUGAAAAUACAGAAUAUCGGCUGAUUAUAUCGGUAAAACCGAUAAUCGGUCGAUCCCUGAUUUUAUACCACUACACGCACAGGGGGUCUUUAGCCAGAACAAUGCAACCACUCCCUUGUGUCUUGGUGUCUGGUACAUAAUUAGAUUAAGACUUAAUUAAAUUACCUGCUGGACAUCAAGCCCCAUUACAAAAUAUUACACAAUAUAUUAAUUAAAACAAUCGCUUUCAUCCAGCUGAACAUUUUACAUACUAACUCGUUAUGACAACAGUAACACAAUGUACCUACCACAUGCUAUACAUCACUUUAAAGCUGGUGACAGGUCCUGUAGUUUGUGUGUAGUAGGCUAACCUUAAAGCCUCCCCAGUAGGCUAUGGCACGGCUGCUUAUGUGACAAAUGUAAUAAGCAGCUGUGAGUUACCAUAUAUUUGCCAUAUUGUGGUUUAUAUGUUGCUGCUGUCUUUUUUAAAUUUCUGACCCUAACUACAAAUGGGCAGGGAAUUGAGCCUGUAUUUGUGGAACAGGUUUAACACCCUUAGAAGACACUGUCUUUUUCAGUUAAUGCAAUGGCCUCACCUUAUCAGGUAAUGCAAUAGCCUUAAUUCCAUUGUUCCCUCCAACCCCACCCUCUAUUUCAAAACAUUCUACACAAAAAAUUUGACAAAGGUUUGUCCUCUUCAGGUCUACCCAAUCUUCUAUUUUUGGCAAACACAGCAGCUGGCUUUCAGGUUCAAAUUUCCUGAAUCACUUUCUAUGCAUUUGAAUUUAUUCCAAGAUAUUUGUUGGCAAGAUUCUAACAUUACUUGAAGAACUUGUUUUGUGAGACACUCUAGGUUGCUUGUGUCUCUGUCCCUCACUGUGGAUCAGAAUUCUGUAUGAAAGAAUCAAUUCUAGUGCUAUAAUUACCAUAACAGAACUGUGGCAACUGUGUUUGGAGCAAGGCUCAAAACUAUUUCUUUGAAUUUUCCUGUAUCCCCAUUUGUGCAGUCAAGUCUUCACAGUUCGAUGUUUAGUAAAUAAACCAAAAGUGAGUGGUGCACUGACUGAUCACAUAUAUCCAUUGUUUCUAACACUUGUUCAAGCUUUUGUACUUCGAUUCAGUGGAAAGUUAGGUUACUCAUAUAUUGCAAACAUGACGGUAACGUUUAAGUAUGACUAUGAUUCUGCAAUUAUAGACACAUCCAUUUUGUGGUAGACAUAAUACUAUGUAUAACCCUCUAAAAGAUGAAUUAAUCACAUAAACGAUUAAUCAGAGUGGAGUGAGCAAAACUUCACAUUUGAUAUAAAACUUCCUAUUACAAGGUUACAAUAUUGGUAGGAAGAUUGAGUAAUAGUAGUGUAGUAAUAUAAAUCCUAUAUUAAAGAGAAGCACUGAUUUAAAAAUAAGUCAGAUGCAUUUGAGUGGUGUAUACCUCCAUAUAUAAUCUGUACAUUGUACAUGUUCAAGUCCAUUUUUCAGCAAUUCAUAGUUGCGCUAUUGCAUCUUUGAGACUUUAUUUUGAAAUCUAAUGCAGUUAAUUGUCCUAAAAUUUAGACUGCGCCCUUCUUUGUAAGGUGAAGUACGCAGUGAAAAGAAGAGCCUUGUCCGAAUAUUAGGAAAAUUAAUUGUGAUGUAAAGCAUUUUCAUUACGUUACAAUGUACUAUUUUUGACUAUGAUCAACAGUCCUACUGUAGAGAUGCAUUUUGAGGAACUAAACUGUGGAGUAAUUUUGUUUUUAUUACAUAUACUUAGUCAAGUGUGUCACUUCUGUUUUUUCAGGCUUCCAGAUAAUGUAACAUUCGAAGAGGGUGCGCUCAUUGAACCUCUUUCCGUGGGAAUCCAUGCCUGUAGGAGAGCUGGAGUGACUCUUGGUAGCAAAGUCUUCAUCUGUGGUGCAGGUAUAUGACCUGAUAAAAUUUAUAGUUGUGUAGACCAAAACAUGCAUUUAUAUAUUUUUAAUUAUUAUCAUCUCUUUUGUGUGUUUCAGGGCCUAUCGGACUGGUUUCUCUUCUGGUAGCAAAAAUGAUGGGUGCUUCACAAGUAGUGAUAAGUGGUAAGAACUGAAUAAAAACUCACUUCUUCACAAAAACAUAUCAAUUAAACUGUUAACCCCUUAAGGACCAAACCUCUGGAAUAAAAGGGAAUCAUGACAUGUCAUACAUGUCGUGUCCUUAAGGGGUUAAUAGCUCCCAACUGAUUCCUCUCCUGCAACGAUCAUUUAUGAAACAAAACACAACACACUAGUCUUUAAUGAAUAGUAUUCGACCAAUCUACUUCUCUAAUACUAUCCUUACCUUUUGUGUCACUUUAUCCCACUCCCUCUAGCAUGUAAGCUCAUAAACAGGGCACUCAAACCCUCUGUUCCUGUGCAUCAAACUUGUCUGGUUACAAUUACAUGUUUGUUAGCCCACCUAUUGUAAAGCGCUACAUAAUUUGUUGGUGCUAUAUAAAUAAUAAUAACUAAAUAAAAGUAGAUUAUGUAUUAACUGCCAUACAGUCUGGGAAAGCACAAGUGUACUAAAGCUUUUAGACUUGAACUCUGAUAAAGCACUCUAUGUGGUAGGAGGUAAAAAUAAGCCCAUGUAUUUGAGUCACACAGCCUUAUCUGUGCUAUUUUUCCCCACUCACAGUGCUGUAGACAGGGGCAGUUAAACUCUAAAUGCCAUUCCACAUUUCCUAACCCUAGUAGAUCCUAUCAAAGCAUUUUUUGGGGUAAGUAACAAACAGGUGUUAAAAAAAUUCCCUGGGUAAUGUCAAUACUUCAUGAUGCUCUCGGCACACUUUUAGUCAUUUGCUGAGAGAUGCUAUACAGGCAUAUACUCCAUCGAUUAUUUCUUCCAAAGUGUUAGGCAUGCUCUGUAAAAUAUCAAAAAGAAGAAAUAGAAACACUAGUGAGGAAAAAAACCUUAUGACACAAGAAGUAAAUACAAACAGGAGACCUAGAAAACAGAAAAUGCACAACAUAGUGUGAACUGUUUAAAAGCAUAAAAUAAAAAGGGUGGGAUAGGAGUUCCACUUACAUGACUCAGAACUGUCCCAGGCUCUGUAUUCUAUGCUGUAAGGUGCCAUUAGGGGCUAUACGAUCCAGUUCCCCUCUGAGUCAUGUAAGUGGAACUCCUAUCCCACCAUUGAAUGCUUUUAAACAGUUCACACUAUGUUGUGCAUUUUCUGUUUUCCAGGUCCCCUGUGAAAAAUUAUGUUUGUAUUUAUUUCUUGUGUAAUAAGUUUUUUUUUUUUUUUUUUUCCUUACUAGUGUGUGUGUGUGUGUGUGUGUGUGUGUGUGUGUGUGUGGAUAUAUAUCUAUAAAUAUAUCUUCUUUUUGAUGUUUUAUUGAGUGUUUGGGGAAAGCAUGUCAUAUACUUGUUUUUGACACCUAUUCACUUUACACACUUAUCUUUUUUUUUUUCAUGCUCUGUAAAAUAUUAAGUAAUACCUGUUUGGAAUAAAACAAACAUUGGUACAACCCAUAGAUAACAUUUAUUUAGCUACUGUAUUGCAUCAGAACUCUUCCUGUGACAUUCACGCAAUAAUGUCUCUUGUUACCUCAGGUCCAUUGCUCUAUUAAACCCAUGUCCACUUGGUAUCCUUUACUAAUAACUGCGAGGUACAUUUGUUCCAGAAUAUUUUUGCAAUAAUUCAUGCCCUACUUAAUAUCAUACAAGAACAUAAAAACAUUCAACUAAUUAUAGAAAUAAACAUACAUAAUUAUACAAAUCGAAUAAAGUAUAAUCUCACUCAUUGUUAAAUAUUCUGCAUUUUGAAAUGUUAAUUCAGAUGUUCUCCAAUGUUCUUUUUGUGCUCGAAGUAGUGAAGACACUUUAGCUGCUUUUCAGAUCAAUGGCAGGACUACAAGCAUUCCAUUUCACUCCUGGAAAAGACAGAUUAUAUUUGAAAACAAUGCACAUUUUAAUGCAGAGCAUAAGGGGUUUUUGAAGGAUUAAUGUAUUUUCUUUAAGGCCUAAUAGAGGUAUAAAAAUCUUGGACAUGAUAAAAUGUAAUCUGUAAGACACAACUUCGUGAAGAUUUAAAUUGUCCCUUCCAAAGUGAACAUUCAGCUCUUCAUGAAAGUUUGUGACAUUUUGCAUGUGUUGAGUCUUAUAGAUGUACAAAUGCAGUGGGACCUUUUGUAAUACUGAAAACGUCUUCACUAUUCAGCUUAAAGGGAAUCUAUUUGCGACUAUAGACUUUCUUCUUGCAAUGUGCACACUGCCCUCCCUUCUUUGAAUUGUAAAAUAAUCUAGACUAAUAAUACUCAUCUAGUUUCCAGAGCCAAUACUCCUCUUUUUUUUUUUCUUCAUGUACUCUGUCCCUGAUUAAUGAUCAAUUGUCUAUUAUAGUGGCAAUAACAAAUAGCUAACUCUAAUUUUGCUCUUUGUUGAGCUAUAUUUUUUAUACAGUAAUAUUUUCAUAUUUUUUUUUGUAGUUUCAUUAUAAAUAAGACUAUAAAGGAACUUGUAAUGUAAAUCACUGGUAUCCAGUGCUGUAGUGCAUUCAGAACAUAUAGAAGGUAGUUACACUAAUGUGUGCCUGGUGCAUCUUUGGAAUAUAUGGAGGUAUAUAUAUUUUAUACUUCUCUUCACUGCCCACCUUGCUACAGUAGACACUUCAGUAGUGUUUACUGUGAUAAAGGAACCUUUAAGUUGUUGACCAUUUCUUCUAAACCUUGAAUCACUUGAAACACAUUACACAUUUGUUUUUUAUUUGUCAGGUAUUGUCUCCUCUGCCUAUUCCUCUGUAGCUCUUCUUCCAGGCAGAUAUGCACCUCUGCCUGCAAUGUGAUUGCUCUUGUCUUUAUAAAGACACUUACAGCUCUCAGACCUAGAUCUCUUUAAUUUGGCCCAGAGCUAGAGGAAUCAUGCAACCAUGCAACAGGUACUAAAACUCUGUGGCUGGAAUCCCUAAAACUCAAUACAGGAGACAAAGUUCCUAAAGGAACUAACAUGCAAAGAUUUAUUUUACUUGGGACUAGCCAAUAUGGCUAUGUCGGGCCUAAGGACUUUAGGCGCGCUGCACAAAAACUGUUCACAGCGCCCUUCUGUGGCCACACUCCCUCCCGGGACACACCCUCACAUUAAUACUUCAUUUAAAACCUCAUUACUCCCCACUGCCUCCCCCCCAAUUUUUUAUAAAAAAGCUGUAUCAAAAUACUACAAUAUAAAUAUAACUUUGUAGAGGUGUCCCUCCCAUUUGCAGUUAAAAUUAGAAAAUAAUAAAGAUUUAGUCACCUUUUUCCAGCACCUCCCACAAUGUCAUUGAGGGGACAUUGCCUACCGCGCCAAUUUCCAAUCUAAUGCUUUUCAUACUGGAGAAGCAAGUGUUGCGUAAGCAGUAAAGUGUUCCCAUAGGAAAGCAUUGAAUCAAUGCUUUUCUAUGGGGUUCUUGCGUCACGUGACCGAGUUUUACUCAGUCAGUUCAGUGGAAGCAUAAAGAAAGAAGUAGAAAGGUGGGUGGGUGAACAAUAGCUAAAAACCAAGUGCAGGCAAGCCUCUGUAAACAGGACAAAUAAUAAAAGACAAAAUACUAGAAAGAACAGGGCUGUAUUGGUAUAUAAUAAUGAGGGAAUAAGAAAGAAAUAUAGAAUAUAAAAUGAAAAAGCAGCAAAAAUCACAGCACAACAUAUGUGCCCAAAUAUCUAAAAAUCCACAAUAGGCAAGGAACCUAUUGAGCACUAUCUGGGACCCUGCACUUUGGUAUCAGCGGUUUUUAUCCUGUUUGUGUGCUGAUUUUGUACACUGCUUAUGCAGUAUUUACUUUGGGCUCGUUAUACUGUAUGUGUAUAAGUGAUACACUUUCUUGUAUAAGCAUAUUUGCACUUUAGCACUUGCGCUUUAUUCCACUGCCCAGUUCAGCAUCAUAUAUUGUUAAGCUGCUAUACCUAAGGGUUCCUUGCCUAUUGUGGCUUUUUAGAUAUUUGGGCACAUAUGUUGUGCUGUGAUUGUAUUUUGUAUCAAUAAACUUUUGCUGCUUUUUCAUUUUAUAUUCUAUAUUUCUUUCUUAUUCCCUCAUUAUUAUAUACCAAUACAGCCCUGUUCUUUCUAGUAUUUUGUAGUUCAGUGGAAGCUCCUCUGGUGACUCUCAUACUGACAGUCGCUAGAGGUUAUCUUAACCCUGCAAUUUAAACAUUGCAGUUUCUCAAAACACAGGGCCACUGCACUCAGACCACUUCAUUGAGAUGAAGUGGUCUCUGUGACAAUAGUCUUCCUUUUAAGAAUUUUUUUUAAAAAAUUUGUCCUAUAAUAGGUAAGAAAACCCCCCAUAUAUAGCCAAUAGUCUAUUUAAGAAUAGGAUGCACACUAACACACUCAUUCUCACUGACACACACAAUGACACAAAGAUAGAUUCACUGUCUGAUGUAUGUAUUUACACCCACAAUGAUGCAUAUAAUCAGUGACACAAACAUUGACGUGCACUCACUCACCCAAACCCACAGGCACUCAUUGACACACAUACACUGAGCAAGCACUCACUAACACAUACACUCACUGGCACAAUCAUUCACUAACACACAUUGACACAAGAAAUCACUGACACACACACACACACUCGCUUAGAAACACACUGACUCACACACUUAUUGACACAAGCACUAACUGAAACACACAAUGUAACAAGUACUCACUAACACUCAUCGACACAAUAACUCACUGAUACAGGCAUUCACUGACACAAGCACUAAAUGAAACACACACACACUGGCACAAACCAUGGCAUUAACACUGUCACACAGACACUGAGACUGGCACCUAAUGACACACACUGACAUACAACAGUUUACAAAUGCAUAUUUCCACUAUAUGGUUUACAGAGACAGGUCCUACAGGAUUGUAAUUGUUGGAGCCUGACAGCCCUGACCGAGUAGGAGAAAUAGCAGAGAAUAGAUAUAUCCGGUCAUAGAAAACUGACCUGCUGCAGCCAAUAGCUCCACCCUCAGCCAUGCUCCCAGCUUUGAGACAGGAUUCUGCAGAGUGUCACACAUCAGCAGGGGAAGGGCAGGGCUGUGCUGACACUCCUCUGAGGGAAAACUAGAGGCAGCACAAAGGCCAUCAAAGAGGCUACUGCUGUAAAAUGCAGGUGGAGCCGUGGAGGGCUGAAGUAACAUGCUUUCUAAAUGAGUAAACACAGGGGGCUGUCACAUUUGAAAAUGAGUGUAUGCUCCCCCAGCCUAGCCUAACCUCCUGAGUGCUACAGAGGGUGCAAGGGAAGGAUUAAAAAAAUGUUCACCUAGUGUCCAAGCAUGUGCGAGUUGUGUUGCCUGCCCGGUGCCCCUGUUGCCAUGGCACCCUGUGCGGCUGCACCCAAAGGCCAGCCCUGCCAAUGUGAUCAUUACAUAAAGCUUACGGUGUCACACACUAAAAUACAUAAAACCAUAUAAUAAUAUAGGGACACACAUAUUUACAAAGGUGCAGGGAAUAUAAUAACUAACACAUGAAAUAUAUUCAGAAACCAUAAUAUAUAAAUCUGAAUAUGCAAAUUAACAAGCCAGCUGUUCAGGUAGUGCAUAUAGCGGUUGCUACCAUCAGCUGGUGCUGUACAAGCUCCAGAGCCAAAUCCACCUAGUUGGUAGGAAGCAUCAGCAGGACAGGAGCCCAACAUCCAGGACUAGACCCUUAAACCUCUCACCCACCCUACCCCCCAUUAAUGCCUAUGCUUUAAAUGUCUUGAUAACAUUGACAUUGGAUUUCAUUGGCCACCUUGAACCCUCUGCUCUUUGCACCCUGAACACAAUACUUUUGUUACACUGGAAUGAGGAAAUUGUUGCUGUAUACUGUAUCUAAUAUUUUUCCUGCACCUUCUUUGUACACCUGUAAAAAUGCUUUGUGAAAUAGUUUUGCAUAUAUUAAGCUUACAAAAUAGCCAAUUUCCUGUAGUGGGAAUAGGACAGAAUAUCAUAUGAAACAUCAGCCAACAAUGGAUUAAAAUGGAAUAGUGUUCACUGGGUCAAAGAUAAAAGCAGCCAUGGUAGUCUUCUGAUAAAAGAUGUAAAAUUUAUGAUAUGGGAUAUGUAUUCUCUCUUCGCAGUUGAAUAUUUCCUUAAAGAGAUCUUUUUUAAUAUACUAAAUAAAGUUACAUCUUAAAAUCAUGUGACAAUAGUGAAGAUAUAAUACUUUGUUUUAACUUGCUUAUUUUUGACUAUUAUGAUUAAAACUUUAUUUAUAAUUUUAUAUAUAUGAGGGUAAACCUAAAGGUAAAAAAUGGUCAGUUAGAUAAGCAGCAGGUUCACAUUCACUAAACCUGUUCCCAUCACAAUGGACCUAGAGAUCUGUCAGUAACUCAUGUAUUUGUGUCAUACAUCAUGGUUCAGUUUCUUUUCAAAAUACCGUGACAGCAAAUGCUACAGACAGAGAGAGCACAAUAUUUUGGAAAAAAAAGCAGACAGCUAAAAAAAAAUGUAAGAACUAACUGGAAUAACUGACUGUCUGUCUGACCCACAGUUCAUAAAGGUAGGCAAGUGAUUUUGUAAACAUUUUCUAUAUAUAUAUAGAAAAUGUUUACAAAAUCACUUGCCUACCUUUAUGAACUGUGGGUCAGACAGACAUUAAAAAAUCAAAACGAGCUGGUAUAGUAAGACUAUAUUAACAUAUUAGUUUUUGUAAAGUCCACUAUCCUCUAUCUUUGAACUAAUAGUUAAUGCAAAGAAGUGAUCACUGUGAGAUAGCAUAGCUUUAAUGAUGUAAGGAUGGCCUAGAACAUCAUAACAUUAUGUUGGGAGCCAGGUGAAAUCCCUGCUCACAUUGGAGAGAUCAUGGUAUCUAUUGAUACCUGGGGCUUCCCUCUUUUAAAUGGGGUUAUAUUUAUUGGUCCCAGACUGACCAACAAACAGAAUGCAGCUCAUAGUGAGUGCUGCAUACAGCCAUUUAAAUCCCUGAGCAAUCACUCUCAGCUGUGAGACCCCCAGGAUCUAAAAAGACCCUAUCAGGAUUUCCCUGCAUGCCUCUUGCUAAUUUGUGAUAGGUGCUGGGCUUUGCCAGCUGCCAUGCAUUAUUGAUUGGCAGGUAAAAAAACAUGCUGAAGCUGCAACGUGUGAGGGCUAUCUGCUCAUGCUGCAGUCAACCAUUCGAUUGUGCCUCCUGAACAUGAUCUAUUGUUUUAGCUGGGAAUUCAGCAGGGGCAAUCAUUCUGAGUUAGGUGUAGGGUUAGUGUUAGGGUAAGGUAAGGGUUGCUGCUAUUUUAGGAUUAAGGAUGGGAUUAGUAUAAGGUUAUGGUAGGUGUAUGGUUAGAUUAAGCAAAGUGAUUGGGGUGGGUUUGCUAUGGUUAACGUUAAUAAACCAACAAUCAGAAAUGUUGAGUCAUUUUUCUUUAGUUAAACUUAAUGUAUAAAAAUUACAAAAUGUGUAUUAUUUUUAUUUAUAACAUUUUCUUAAUACUUGUCAGGUAUACUUAUAGGAUUUUGUAAAAAUUGCUUUCAGUCCUUUUAAAAACUAUAUAUAAUGUGUAUGGGCGCACUUAAAAAGAAACCUUUUAGAUUACUGUGAAACAAACACAUAGUACACAUUCUAGGUUUUGCUUUUGAUUCAGAAGGUGGACAAUGCCCGCUUGUGUUGGGAGAUUUCCAAAAAGGCUGGUUUUAUGAUACUUCAGCUUUUUAAUAGCACCACACAGAGUACAAUGGCCCACACAAAGGAGUUAAUGAUGGAUUUCUCAUUAUGUGUGUUGUAGGUGUAAUAAAUCAAUUUGCAUGGAGCUAUUUAUAAAUGUGUUAUUACACUAAUACUUUACAUUAUUAAAAGAGUAUUAACCUCACCUUGAUUUAAGCAGGUGCAGAUAUUGUUUUGUUUGUUAGCUUGCAGAACACAUAUCCACCAGGCUGCCCUAUAAUGUUAUAUUUUUGUUGCACAAAUAUCUUCUUAUCUGUUGCUGAAAGUUAACUGGGUUGUCUGCAGUCCUAGAGAGUACUAAUCUGGGAUAUAUAUAUAUAUAUAUAUAUAUAUAUAUAUAUAUAUAUAUAUAUAUAUAUAUAUAUAUAUAUAUAUAUAUAUAUAUAUAUAUAUAUACACACACAGUCAGGUCCAUAAAUAUUGGGACAUCGACACAAUUCUAAUCUUUUUGGCUCUCUGCACCAACACAAUGGGUUUGAAAUGAAACAAACAAGAUGUGCUUUAACUGCAGACUUUCAGCUUUAAUUUGAGGGUAUUUACAUCCACAUCAGGUGAACGGUGUAGGAAUUACAACAGUUUGUAUACGUGCCUCCCACUUUUUAAGGGACCAAAAGUAAUGGGACAGAUUAACAGUCAUAAAUCAAACUUUCACUUUUUAAUACAUGGUUGCAAAUCCUUUGCAGUCAAUUACAGCCUGAAGUCUGGAACGCAUAGACAUCACCAGACGCUGGGUUUCAUCCCUGGUGAUGCUCUGCCAGGCCUCUACUGCAACUGUCUUCAGUUCCUGCUUGUUCUUGGGGCAUUUUCCCUUCAGUUUUGUCUUCAUCAAGUGAAAUGCAUGCUCAAUCAGAUUCAGGUCAGGUGAUUGACUUGGCCAUUGCAUAACAUUCCACUUCUUUCCCUUAAAAAACUCUUUGGUUGCUUUUGCAGUAUGCUUCAGGUCAUUGUCCAUCUGCACUGUGAAGCGCCGUCCAAUGAGUUCUGAAGCAUUUGGCUGAAUAUGAGCAGAUAAUAUUGCCCGAAACACUUCAGAAUUCAUCCUGCUGCUUUUGUCAGAAGUCACAUAAUCAAUAAAUACAAGAGAACCAGUUCCACUGGCAGCCAUACAUGCCCACGCCAUGACACUACCACCACGCUUCACUGAUGUGGUGGUAUGCUUUGGAUCAUGAGCAGUUCCUUUCCUUCUCCAUACUCUUCUCUUCCCAUCACUCUGGUACAAGUUGAUCUUGGUCUCAUCUGUCCAUAGGAUGUUGUUCCAGAACUGUGAAGGCAUUUUUAGAUGUUGUUUGGCAAACUCUAAUCUGGCCUUCCUGUUUUUGAGGCUCACCAAUGGUUUACAUCUUGUGGUGAACCCUCUGCAUUUACUUUGGUGAAGUCUUCUCUUGAUUGUUGACUUUGACACACAUACACCUACCUCCUGGAGACUGUUCUUGAUCUGGCCAACUGUUGUGAAGGGUGUUUUCUUCACCAGGGAAAGAAUUCUUCGGUCAUCCACCACCGUUCUUUUCCGUGGUCUUCCGGGUCUUUUGGUGUUGCUGAGCUCACCGGUGCGUUCUUUCUUUUUAAGGAUGUUCCAAACAGUUGAUUUGGCCACACCUAAUGUUUUUGCUAUCUCUCUGAUGGGUUUGUUUGUUUUUUUUCAGCCUAAUGAUGGCUUGCUUCACUGAUAGUGACAGCUCUUUGGAUCUCAUAUUAAGAGUUGACCGCAACAGAUUCCAAAUGCAAAUAGCACACUUGAAAUGAACUCUGGACCUUUUAUCUGCUCCUUGUAAAUGGGAUAAUGAGGGAAUAACACACACCUUACCAUGGAACAGCUGAGCAGCCAAUUGUCCCAUUACUUUUGGUCCAUUGAAAAGUGGGAGGCACAUAUACAAACUGUUGUAAUUCCUACAUUCACCUGAUUUGGAUGUAAAUACCCUCAAAUUAAAGCUGAAAGUCUGCAGUUAAAGCACAUCUUGUUCAUUUCAUUUCAAAUCCAUUGUGGGGGUGUAUAGAACCAAAAAGAUUAGCAUUGUGUUGAUGUCCCAAUAUUUAUGGACCUGACUGUGUGUGUGUGUGUGUGUGUGUGUAUAUAUAUAUAUAUAUAUAAUUUUUAUUCAUUUUUUUCCUCACUCUGGGUACCUAGUGUAAUAUAAAGGACAGUUAUGACACGUUUGAAUCUGUCUUUGAAAGUGUACCUCUUAAUUUUCCUCAUUCUUCUUUAUUUGAGAUUUCCAUGCUAUACCUGUUGCCGCUAAUGUUGCUUGGAAACUGUGCUUGAACUUCUUGGGAGGCUGUCUCUUACCUUAAUGGGUUAAACCAUUUACAAAUGAUUUAAUCCCAAAUUUGCACCCGAUGCCACCUGUUUACUUGGCCUCCUUGCUUCUGUCGAUGUUCCCAGGCUUCAAUGAGGAAAUCUCAGACAGGGCGCUGAGACUAACAGCUGAUGCCCUCAGCCUAUCAUUAGCUCCCAAAUCACAAAACUGUGCGAGAAUGAUUUGUAGCUAUUCUGAUAUAGUUUUGUUAAUAGGGAGUUAGUGAUAUUUUGAAUGUGUCAUCUGAUGCUAUCAGCCUCUGAGUGGUGCUACCCUAAACUUACUCAUUGAUGUCAUAGGCCAUUGCCAGACGCCAGGAGGAUGUGCAAGUGGACACUACUUUUUCAUAACUUUGGGGUUUAUUUAUUUAUUACCGGUAUUUAUAAAGCGCCAACAAAUUCUGCAGCGCUGUACAAUUAUUGGAGAACGUACAAUAUGCACAGACGAAUACAAAAAAGGUAGAGGACCCUGCCCGUACACUGAGAUGUAACCAUUGAAACUCUUUUAUACAAAGUGCUUAGCUAGAUAGCCCCUAAGUUUAGAAUCUAAAGGAUACAGUGGGGAUUUGAGACAAGAAGUAGCAGGGGAAAUUUGGAAGUGAUGGCUAAAAGAAGUUCACAGAGAGUUGCAGCUAUCGGUAAAAUGUAAAGGGAAUGAAGAGGCAACAGAGUAAGAAUUUUGAACAGCUGGAGAAGCAUGUAGGGGGAACCUGGGUGGAUAGUGCUGAGAAAAAAUGCAGAGCUUCUGUAAUGUUGGUUCUGGGAGUGUGAGGUGAGUGAGGCCUGAAGAGCAGAGAUAGAGAUGGAACAGUUAUAUGAAGGUAUUUACAGCCAGGAGGAGCAAAGGAAAGGGGGUGAGGGGAUAGAGUAAACAUGUGUUGUACACAUUUGAAAAGUUUAUCAAAUUCUAACUCCCAAAAUAUUAAUAACUGUACAUGAAAUAUUGUUCAGAAACAUUAAAUGACAAUGAAAAAAAUUGCAUGCACAGAAAGUUACAGUGGCAAACUACACGUAUAACUGGUAACACAUGAUAAUAUGGUAGCAAUGUAAGAAUAAAUGAGGUGGGUUAAAACAUGACCUCCUGGCACCAUAUCAACUUAGUGGAGAUGAAGUUGUUAUGGUGCCUUGAGUGUCCCUUUAUUACCACAUGAGGAAUAUACAUAGAAAGUUAAAUGUAGGUUUUUUUCUUCAGAGGAGCUAUUGAGCUACACUGCCAAGCUGUACAAGUUUUACGUUUUGGGGUGUCCUUUUUAAUUACAACAGGUAUUUACUCCAUAUGAGAAAUCAAGUGGACAACCUCUUUUAUUAUAGAGAUAUUUGAUCAACCGGUAAUUGUACAGUGAAGGAAAAAAGUAUUUGAUCCCCUGCUGAUUUUGAACGUUUGCCCACUGACGAAGAAAUGAUCAGUCUAUAAUUUUAGUGGUAGUUGUAUUUUAACAGUGAGAGACAGAAUAACAAAUAAAAAAAUCCUGAAAAACACAUGUCAAAAACGUUAUUAAUUGAUUUGCAUGUCAACGAGUGAACUAAGUAUUUGACUCCUUCAACUUAGUACUUGGUGGCAAAACCCUUGUUGGCAAUCACAGAGGUCAGACGUUUCAGGCGAGAUUUUGUUAUUUUGUGUUUAUUCCAUUUGUGAAUAACCGCACCAACUCUUGUCACCUUCUCACUAAACUGCUUGGCGAUGGCUUGUAGCCCAUUCCAGCCUUGUGUAGGUCUACAAUCUUGUCCCUGACAUCCACUUUGCUUUGGCCAUGGUGGAGAGUUUGGAAUCUAAUUGAUUGCUUCUGUGGACAGGUUGCUUCUGUGGACACUCCCUUUAAAAGAGUGCUCCUAAUCUCAGCUCGUUACCUGUAUAAAAGACACCUGGGAGCCAGAAAUCUUGCUGAUUUAUAGGGGAUCAAAUACUUAUUUCACUUAUUGACAUGCAAAUUAAUUUAUGUUUAAUUUAAUUAAUGCGUUUUUCUGGAUUUUGUUUUUUGUUAUUCGGUCUCUCACUGUUAAAAUAUAGACUGAUCAUUUCUUUGUCAGUGGGCAAACUAUCAAAAUCAGCUGGGGAUCAAAUACUUUUUUCCCUUACUGUAAUUCAUUAUGGUAGUAAUGAAUUAAUAAUGCAAAAAUAAAAUUAAUAUAACAGUGUAAACCAGGGCUUCCCAAACUUUUAUGGGCCAAAACCCACUUUUCAAAACGGUAACACCAUGGCAAUCAGAUUUAGAGGCAUACAAUUGGCACACAGUAACAAUCCGCUUUAGAUGCAUACAAUUGGCAAUCGGUUUUAGAGGCAUUAAAUUGGCACACCAUGGAAAUCUGCUUCAGAUGCACACAAUUGGCACACCAUGGCAAUUGGUUUUAGAGGCAUAAAAUUGGCACACCAUGGAAACCCGCUUUAUAUGCAUACAAUUGGCAUACCAUGGCAAUCAGUUUUAGAUGUAUAAACUUGGCACAUCAUGUCAACUUUAGGUGCAUAAAAUUGGCACACCAUCAGUUUUAGAGGCUUACAACUGGCACACCAUGGCAACCAGCUUUAGAGGCAUAAAUUCAGAACAUCAUGGCAAUCCGUUUUAGAGGCAUAAAAUUGGAACAUCAUGGCAGCUUUAAAUACAUAAACUUGAUACACCAUGGCAAUAAGCUUUAGAUGCAUAAACUUGGCAUAUCAUGGCAAUCAGCUUCAGAGACAUACAAUUGGCACACCAUGGCAAACAGAUGCAUAAAAUUGGCACACCAUGGCAAUCUGCUUUAGAUGCAUAUAAUUGGCAUAACAUGGCAGUUUUAGAGGCAUAAUUCUGGGAUAUCAUGGCAGUUUUAGAGGCAGAAACUUUGCACAUCAUGGCAAUCAGACAUUCAACUGCUUACUCACAGACUCAGAAUCAGAAGUGCUGUGUCCUGCUCUUUCAUCCAGGCACCUCACAUUGAUUAUCCCAGUGGUGGAACUAAUGUAGAGAGGGCUCUGGUGCAAAUGUGUUUUCUGUGCCCCCCUUUAGUGCAUGUGUGGCCAAAAGGUAGAUCUCCAUCUGUCGGAGAACUUCAACAAUGCUAUACCAGAUGGGGAUCUACCAUUUUCGCAUCAUUGCAGGGUUAUAUUUGUGAGCAAUGUUUGAGCAUUUGAAUGUAAGCAUGUUUUUGUAUUAAGUAUAUGUGUGCAUGAAUGGGUGUAUUUGUAUGUACUGUUGCCAUUGGAAUGUAGUGGUGUACUUGUUUGUAAUGUUUGUGUCUGAAUGCAUGGGUGUUUGUAUGUGGUGUCGGACUUUAAAUGUAGGUGUGCUUUUUGUGUGUAUUAUUAUUAUUGCCAUUUAUAUAGCGCCAACAGAUUCCAUAUAUAUAUAUACACACACACACAUAUGCACUCAUAUACACACACACACGCCCACACACAAGCGAUAUUUUUUUAUAUCUCCAGCCACACUCCUGUUAGCUUACCUUGUGUGUCCAGGAGGGUGUCUUGGAGUCCUGGUCCUGCUGCUAUUGGUGGGAGUGAUGGGUCUGGAACAGCUCUUCGUGCUCCUCUCUCCUCAUGCUGCGACUGCCUCCUCUCCCUCCCUCUCUUUCUCCCUGCAUGAUGCUGAGAAGAAGUGACAGACUGUCACCUCAUCCCAGUCGCCGACAUUACAGGGGUCCGGUCGCGGUCUUAAAGGACCGUGGCACCCGACCGGUCCCCUGUUCAGCAAUAAUGUUUCCCGGUGCUAUAAUCAUAUAACCUAGGAAACAUUCGGCACCACAGCAAGUGACAGUUUGGGAACUGCUGGUGUAAACUAUACUCCUCUCCAAGUGACCCUCAUUAACUGUAAACCUGUUCUUUCAGUAAGGACCAGAAAAUGACUGUACGCUUUCCAACCAGACUUGGACACAUAGUGAAUAUUUAUAUGAAUAAUGCUGGUAUGAACCCCUACUCUAUGUAGUUAAUGGCCAGGAGACUACAACUCCCACAAAACAGCAGGUGGUGUGAGGGCAUCACAAUAGUAUUCUCCCUGCUCCCCAUUUCCUCCCCCAUAAAUAUAAAUCAGAAAGCAAGACCUACCUGAGAUGGAGCAAACCUUAAUAUGGCUGCUCCUUUUGUGGUGUAUCAUGUCUCUGGAGCUCCGUUUGUGGUAAGUGCUGAUGUCUGCUGAAUCUCCCACGCAUAUAGGGACCUCUUCCUCUUUGCCACAGCAUUCAUAAGUGGAUCAGCAGUAGGCAGGCCAGUUAUGGAGCUGUGAGCUCGCUUAUAGCUCCUCAUAGGGUUCAAUGCGUCACAUUGGAGCUGCCUGCUUUGAACAUUGACAUUGGACAUCCUCAUGCAAAGUGUGAGGCCAUCCAAUGUCUCCUAGCAGAGGUUUACUCCAUCAAAAUCCAUGAAGCACCAUGUAUUGGCUGUCUGAGAGACAACCACUAGGGGUGGGCUUAACCCAGAAAUAAAACAUUGUAGUGUUUUUCUUCAUAGGGCUAAAAUGACAGGGGCAAGGUAGCCAGACCAUGUAAUUGAGAUGAAGUGGUCUGGGUGCCUAUAGUGCCCCUUUAAGGUAAAAAAAAGUCAUACAUUAUAAUAGUAAAUGUAUAGAAAAGGCAAAGUCAUGGCAUACAAUUUAAAUUGUAUUCACUAAUCAUCAAAUAGUAAUGAAUACCAAAGUGCAUUAUUAAUGCCAAAAUAUUACAUCUUGAAAUUUGAACCAAUUUUUCUGUAGUCACAACUUGGCUGAAUUCAGCCUGAAGUUUGCAAAUAUGCUUUGGUUUAUAGCUAUUUGCUGUUCAGUGAAUAAACCCUAUUGUCUAGGUCUGUAAUUCAACGGGAUUUCCCCAUCUAAUGUAUGUAUUUUAUUUCAGUUUAUCUCUAUUUUCAUCUCUAUCUCUGUGUCAGUCAAUAUUUGAUAUUGUCUCUUGAGGCUCUCUUUGUCUCUGUGUCUUGUUUAAAGAUAUAUUUUAUCAUUUAGCCUGUUUUUUUUUCUCAACUCUCACCCUAUCUGUCUUUUUCUCUUAGACUUUAUAUAUUUUCUCUUAGAUCUUAUAUCUAUUUCCAUCAAUCUCUAUCUUCCUCUUUCUUACACCCAUGUAUCUCUUUAUUUACUAUUUGUCAAUGUCUCUCCCAUCCUGUUAUCCAUAUUUAUGUCUCUCAGUUGUUAUUUCUCCACACCUCUUAUCCCAACUCCUAUACCUGUCUCUCAAACCCCUUAAAUCUGCCUUCUAGUCCACUAUACUUCUGUUCCUCUAUCCCCUUUUCUUUGUCAACCUAUUCCUGUUUUGUAUGGCCCCAACCAACAGGUACAACUUGUUUUUACUAACCUAGCAGUCAAAUUCAGGAAUGACAAUUGUGAGAAUAAAAUUCCUACUACCUCAAGACCCACAAGUUAAAUAUAUUUGACAUACAGGUUUUGUUUGACAUCCCUGCAAUAAUCCAUAUGCAAACAAGGGACGUCAAAUAGGCAAUCUGAUAUGUUACCAAAUGAAUGAAUGAGUGAGACUGUAUGGAGUUGUAUAAAUAGUAAAUAGUAGAUAACCUUGUUUAGCCAAUCAACUUCAAAGAUGGAAAAUUAAGUAUGAGAGGUAAAAACAAUGGCAAGUGGUCAGGUGGUGGUGCCAGCUCCACCCUGGGCUUUUACCCUAAUAGCCUAAUAAACUGAAAAAUAGAAAUGACCUCCAAAAUAUAAGGAGAUCUGAGGCUGGCAAAAGACGUAAAUAGACAACGCUGAUAGAGAUGUAUCUAAAGACUCAUUGUAGUGAUGGUAUAUCAAACAAUAGGGGAACAUCAGCAACCUUCAGUUGUAUUGACUAGUGCUCUUAUGGAAAAAUAAAAUUAUGGACAUAUGUCUUUAUUUAUCCUUGCUGCAAAAACCACAGGACACUAACUUUGCUCCCCUUCCAUGGCCAAAAAUGGUAAUGAAUUUACCUAAUUAAUAUUGCCAGGGGCAGCGAUAAAGAUUCCCUCCAAAUGUAUGGAAAUAGACAGAGAGUGGAAAAUCUAAAGGUAGGCUGUUUGAGUAUAUAUGGGGCACCGGGUAAUGCAAGGUAGUGGAUGUGUUAUAAACCGCCUACCACCCCUUCUCAUCAAUUAUUCCCAAAAUGCUGGGCUAUUAGGUGGAUAAUAGUAAUCCAAAAGGAGGCUCUCCAAACCACUUAUCUCUUCUAACCCUAAAUCCCCUCCAACACCUUCAUGGGUGUUCUAAACUGAAUCCACUCUGGACUAUGUACACUGCCUAAUCUUCCGUGACAAUAGCUAACUGUGAGCCAACACUAUAUAGAACUAAAGAUAAAUCUAAAUACCCAUUUAAAUCCAGUGAAAAGUCCCUAUAGACUGUGAAAUUCACAGUCUAUAGGGACUUUUCACUGGAUUUAAGUGGGUAUUUAGAUUUAUCUUUAGUUCUAUAUAGUGUUGGCUCACAGUUAUAGGAGUUGUACAUUUGAAAGUAUAAUUAGUAAUCAGGAGCAGGAGACCAAGAUCAAGUUUUCCUAUGAUUAGUAUAAUUAGACAUCAGUAGCAGAUGACAAAGUUUCCCUAUCGUAAGAGGUUUUGAGGUUUCAUUGUGUAAAUAGUUGCAGUCAUAUGGAAUUGUAAACUAUGGUGUAGAACCCUUUAAAAACAAACCAUCCAGGGGAGGCGUGGCUAACUGCAGAGGUGAGCGCAGUGAGAGCUCCCGGUCCUGGUUGACCCAAAAGCCUGAUUAUUAGCUGCAAUUACUGCCUAAUCACCAACACAAAUAUCGGCAAAACAGCAAAAGAGAUUAUAUGCUAUGCUGCAAGAGUUCAGAGUCACUCUGCAAUCUGAUCUUAAGAGAGUGACAUGCAAAAUAAAGCGGGAGAUAUCAGAGCUGGGUGAGCAGACAAACUGCCUGGAGGCUCGCACACAAGAAUUAUGCUCUGCACAUGACUUGCUGGCAGACACAGUACAGCACUUAGCUGAAGAGCAUCUACAACUUAAACGCAAGUUGGCAGACAUGGAAGACCGCUCGAGGGGGAACAAUGUCCGCUUCCGCGGGAUCGCAGCAAGUGUGGCGGCAGACUCGCUCUCAGACUACAUAUUGGCACAAUGCAGAACCUUGUUACCGAACAUCUCAGAGAAUGAGUGGCUUCUGGACUGGGCCCACCGAUUGCCUAGGCCUUCCUAGACUGACUCAAGAUGCGCCACGAGACGCGGUUGUGCACUUUCACUACUUUAAAUAAAAAAAUGCAAAUAACAAUGUUCAAUAUCGCUGGGGAUAUCCAACGAAGGUCCUCAUAUGGAGAAAUGGAAUAACGCAUACUGUUAAUAAAGGCAGUUGGCAUGCAUCUCAUCAAAGAUUGGGGACUAUUCCCUUUACAAGCUUCACAGGAGGCAGCCGCCGCAUCCCCGAAAUGCCUGCAGGAAGAGUGGCAGAUGGCGGGACCGCCCAACAAAGCCUAAACUGUGACUCCAGGGCUCUCUCUCACCAGAGGCCUAACUAUGUAGCUUGAGAGCAUGUAAUGUAUAUUCUUUGCAAGUGUGAGCAGUAUGGGGCUAUUUGGACAGCAUGAACACAGGCCUGUAAAAACACACUGGUUUUCCUGUUAGUAUUAAAUAGCAUACAGACUUGUUCCUGUGCAAAAUUGGUGACUGGGCACAAUGUUGUAUUAUAUGAGGGGCAGGAGUGCGGUAGGUGCCCUGCUGUUGCCCACGGAAUGAUGCAGUAGAGAGUGGCUGAAUCAUGGUGGCACAUGGACCACGGUCGGGUACCGGGACACAGCUGUAUCCUCUGGGCGGUCCAUGGGCCCGCUCUUCCUGGGAACAAGGGAGAGUCCUAAAAAACGAUAUUAGCCCCAAUGGUGGAUUGAUAGAGCUUUAGAGGCUCUAUGAUGACUAUACAACAGGAUGAAGGCGAUAUAAUAUCAUAUAACUGUGAGUAAAUAUGUGUUUAAGUCAGGGUGAUAUUGCACUACACACACAUGUAAGGUCAUUCACACCUCGCUCCGAUCACUGAGCGUACCCCCAAGGAUGAGCGAAGUAGCUGGGCUACUUUACCAGCUGGAGCGCCAACAACGGAGAUGGCGCUAUGUAUGUACAUUGGUUUUUCUAUAAGGUUAUUAAUGUUUUUCUUUACCCCUGGGUUCUUACCACGCUACUCAUAUUAACAACAGGACCACUUAAUAAUGCCAAAACUCAUCACAUCUCUAAUCUGGGACAAUGGCUGACUCAAGAAAUAACCAAAACAAGGGCGGCAAUUUUUUGCUUGCAGGAUACGCACUUCUGUGUCCACAACCCACCUAAGUUUAAUGUCAGACAGUGUGUCCAAGCCUAUCAUGCCAUGUCCCACACUAAAUCGAACGACUUCUCUAUAUACUUCCACAGUGACUGUGUAUUUUCUUCCUCUAAACAAUAUAUUAGCCGUUAUGGCCAGCUGUUGAUACUAGCGUGAUCCAUGAAUGGCCUACAGAUGACUGUAGUCUCCCUGUAUGCCCCUAAUGAUACGCAGAAGUCCUUUUUGCGUAUGGCCUUUCGCAAAAUAGAACAGUACAAGGUAGAACACACGAUCAUAUGUGGGGACUUUAAUUGCACCUUAGACCUGCUAUUGGAUAUUCAGAGAGCUCAUAGCAAACUGCCGACAACUUCUUAAGUGACAUGACUACUAUGACGUCAGGAGGAAUCUUUAUCCUCAGACGAGGGACUAUACAUUCUAUUUACUGAUACAUAUGACCUAUACCAGAAUAGAUCUAUGUCUCUUUGAUAAAAGAACACUGUCAAAUGCAACUAACAUGCAUAUCGGGCCCAUUACACGGUCAGACCAUGCCCACUUCUGAUAACCAUGAAAAUCCCCCAUUCAGCCAGGAGUAGGGUGCUAAAAUGAAGGCCUCCUGGACGUCCCAGAGCACCUCUUCAAACUUAAAACUCAAGUAACCACAUACUUCGAAAAUAAUGCACACUGCCAAACCUCUAUAUCCACUCAAUGGAUAGCCCAUGUGGCGAAACUGACCUCACCACUGGGCAUUGGAGAAGACUGCCACCCUCCUGCCAUGUGACUAUGGCCCCUGGGAUGUAUUGCCCUUUAAGGACAUGAUUUUGGCAUAAUGGAUUUGUGUUGUGCUGCUGCUGGCCCUUUAAGAACCCUCUGGGGACAUACUGUGGAGUUACUGGGUGGCAACCAUUUCAUGUAUCAGAGGUACAUGGUGAGAACAAUGGAUGAAGCACAUGGUGAGAACAAUGGAUGGCGGACAUUUUAACUCACAGACACUGUUUGGACUUUUCUACACGGUGCCAUCUCACCGGUAUUUGCUGCACAAAGACAAAGUUUUAAACUAUACAACAGGGGACACAUUAUAGAGUAAUUAUUUUUUAUAUAGACUGUAUAUGUUCUGCGGAAUCUGCAUUAAACUGGAUCUUCCAAACUUCUGAACGGAUCUGGGUGAAAUUUGGAUAUGUGGUUCACUCAGAUCCCCCGGUUCAGAGGAUAUACUUUUAUGGGGUUAUUGCAUGUUUUGGAGUCCCUGUGAUAUGUUUUAUAAUACUGUAUUUCUCUGCCUGUGAUAAUUAUAUUAACCAUUGUGUUCAGUAAUCAUAUCACAGGCAGAGGGGAGGGUUUUAUGUGGGAGUGCCUGUGUGUAUUGUACGGAUUGAUUGAUUGGUUGUAUUUCAAAACCCUGUAGGCAGUACUAUGUCUGUGGAUUGUGGAUAAAAUAGGCUGUAUGUGCCAACACAGGCAGUUUUGCUUGACCUCAAAACGAAGUGUCGUCUUGUUAUUGGGGGAAUUGGAUUGUAUGCUGAAUGCCAGGAGUGUAAGCUGAUUGUAUGCUUUUCCUGUUCAGCUGCUUACAGCAUUCAAACGCUUGAGAGCAUUCGUAUGCUUCUCCAGUUUGGUGGUUGUAGUGUCUGAUUCAGUGCUUGGAGUCCUCAGGAAGCGCUAGGAGCAUCCUUCAACGGAGGUACCCAGUCGGGGUGCCAGGGUCAACUUUAUACAGAUCGGCUCUCGGGCACUGUACAGAACAAAGUAGACUAGCCCAGGAGAUCUCUAUGUUAGAGGCCACAUGUAAAACUAAUCCUUCCAAGCAAACUCACAAACGACUGAUGGCACUUAGGACUGCAGACCACUGAAAAAUAGCUGCAAUAUCAAAAACAAUCCCAUUACACAUUGGGAAACAAGGUGGGCAAACUCUUGGCGAGGAGUCUAAAACAAAAGCACCUACAGUCCAAAAUACCCUACAUAACAUCUAAGCUGGGGGACAAACUGUAUAACCCCCAGGACAUAGUUAACGAACUGGCAGGGUACUAUGCCUCUCUAUAUCAGUUGAGAAAUGAUCCAGAGACACAUAAGCCAACUAGUGAGGAGAUAGCUCUCUUCCUGGAUCGAGUGCAUCUCCCUCGCUUGACCCAGAACCAGUGUUCCCUCCUAGAAAACCCCUUCACCAAAGAGGAAAUAGCAGCGGCAAUAAAAUAUCUCCCCAAACAAAAGUUGUCUGGACCAGAUGAGCUUUCCAACUACUAUUACUUAAAACUAGCACCGCAACUGACCCCUCACCUCACAAACCUUUUCAACAACAUAAAACAGUCGGGUACUCGCUCAUGGCCCACACAAGCCUUGAAGGACACUUGAAUUGAUUCAAACAGCACACACCAUAUGUAGACUGCGCCAGACUCAGACAAGAUAUCGCACAUGCCAUGACACAGAUAAGCAAUGUUAUAUGUUUUACGUCUACCUAACUAGCUUAAAAUAUGGAAUGCAGUACAUGUGGCCUAUUGCCUUACCAUACCACUGCUCCACAAUUAAGAACAGCCUGUCUGGCCACCCAUUAGCACACGGAACCAGUGGGGGUCCAAGAACAGCUAAACCCCAUCCCCUGAAGGAGAAAGAACCCUGACCAGCAUAACCCGGUAAACCAUAAAUCAUCCUAUACCCUCUGCCACUCCCUGGCACUAAACUACCCCCAACAACCAUCACCCAUGCUUCCUGGCCCCUCUCAUUACAGGACAACCAUCACCUUAAGUUUUGGUGGCAAAGCCACCCAUGCCCCCCCAACUAAGCUGCUUACUGCGGGAGGCACCUACCAACUCGGCACAACCACCUUCGAUAGAGGGCUUCUACUCCACUAAUUCCACGCAAAUCAGACAGUAGCGAUACCUAGCCCAGUGAGACCGGAGACUCAAAACACGAAUAGAAUCCAAAAGGAUUUCCUCAAUCCGCACCAGAGAUGGAACCCUUAGCAACACUCCUGACCACAUUGGGAAAACCUUCCAAGACUACUACAUGGCACUAUAUAACCAUGCCCAACAGUCACACACUAACUCAGACACCCACCGAACCCUAAUAGGUUGCGCUGCAACCAUUUCCCCAGAUGCCAAAAUUGCGAUUAGAAGGGACGCCAUGGUGGAGGAAGUCGCAGCAGCAGAUGGCUACACAACCCGACACUACAAGGAAUUCAGCCCUCUCCUCCUGAAAUACCUCUGCAUCAAUGCAUCACUCAUCAACAUCAACAAAUCCCAACAGACAUCAUAUCGCUGGAUGCCGAAAAGGUGGCCAUACCUAUAUCGAACUGUAGAACACUUAGGACUCCAAGCCGAAUUCAUCACUUUCUGCUGCCUAACAUCACCCCACCAAGGUUUUCCAUAAUGAAGGGCUCAUGACAGGGCUUGCCCCCUAUCGCCCCUCCUCUUUGUCGUCUCACUGCUGCAGGCGGUGCGCUCCACCCGAGAGAUAGAGGGCAUCGUAGAGGGCAUCGUGAUCCGAGGGGAGACAUUCAAGGUCUUGCACGCUGACAAACCCAAAACAGUCGAUUGGCUCCCUAUUUACCCUCAUUCAAGCCUACUCGGAGAUCUCUGGGUAUAAAAUCAAUCUGGCAAAAUCCAAAUUGCUACAAGUACAAAUCGACACCUCCUGCUUAGACUGGAUCAAACAAAAGUUCCCUCUAUGGAUUUGCCAGGCGACCAUUUCUUACUGUGGGAUCCAACUACCAGCGCAUAUUAACAUGCUAUAUGAGAGAAACUAUGCCCCACUGCUGCUAAAAGCCCACAGCGAGACUUCUGGGGAUCUCUUGGCUGGGUCAGACCGCCUCCAUCAAAAUGAACCUCUUCCAAACCCUUCCUAUACCACUACAUAAGCCUGACCUAAAGGCCUUACAAUCCACAAUAGAUGCAUUCAUCUGGAACGGACGCAAACCCAGGGUCCGUAAAAGCACACUGUACGUCCCCCAAAAAUCCGGUGUGCUGGGCCUACCAAAUUUUUCACACUAUCAUUCAGCGGCACACCUAGCCUAAAUCCAGCAAUGGCACACUCAACCGCACAGAAAAAGAUGGGUGAACUUAGAACACCUGAUUUUCAGCUGCGACCAUACCUGUACAUGUGGGUCCCCAAACCACACAGGCCCCUGCCCCCUCCCACAUCACCCGCGAUCACAGACACUCUAGACUUGUGGGAUAGACUACAUGACAAAUAUGAACUCUCCUCCUUCCUAUCCCCCAUGACCCCGAUCUGGAGGAAUAAACUAUUUCCACCAGGCUUUACCCCGAAACACUUUGCCCACUUUGAACAAAGGGACAUGUAACGGACCGUUUUGCCCACAAGAGGUUAGAAACCGUUUACGCGAUAUUCCCCUUUUUCAGCUGCACAGACAGCUACUGCAAGCACCAAUCUCCCGAACUGCGAACCCACGAAUUCACCAACUCCCGAACUGCAACCAAGGGAAUACUCGAAACUCCCGAACUGCAUACCAAGUAGCACUCCAAACUCCCGAACUGGAGACACACGAAUAGCUGCUAGCAGACGAACAGGAAAAGCCCCCAAGCGGCUUACACUCCUGGCAAUCAGUCUCUCACAUACAGUAACUCCUCCCCCAAUAAUGAGAUGACACUUCACUUUGAGGGUUAACUCAUUUACUGGGGCUAACUGCCUGGCUUUUAUGCAGGUCUCCCACCUGGUGGACACUCCCCUAGGGGACCAAAUGGGAGAUUGGGACACAAAAGGUAAAAGGACCAAUCACAGACUUACACAUUUCAACCAUCCCACAAUGCAUCACAAUCCCUCCUCUCUGUCCUGGAGAUAAUUGGGAAGUAAUCCAAUUAUCUCCAAAGACAGAGGCAAAACUCCAUUAACCACAUGGCAGAAAACAAACAGUAAAAGACAUAAAGUUACCUACAGUUACAUUCAGUACAUAAAACAUAUACGUUCUACAUAUCCCCAGAUAGCUCAGAUCUGAGCGCACAUUAUUACCGAAUGGCGCUCAGAUCACAUACAUACAGUUCAAUCGCCAUGGAGCCAAAGUCCUUCACAUAGUCUUUUCGUUACAUGAACAGGCUCCAUGGCUUAGCUAUCUGGGUGAUGCUGUUCAUCCGGUUAAACUACCCAAUGAACAGUCAUUCGGUUCCGCUCUCGAAUGGGAAGGGAAGGAGGCUGGCGGCCCAGCAGUGUUCACGCAAUUAAGUGUCCGUUUUCAGUUCCAUAGUUUAGGUGCUGAACACAGCUGGCCGUUCGGGAGGUAAAAUGGCCGCUGCCACGUGUUCGGCAACCAAACAAAGGCCUCCCAGUGUUCAUCAAUUAAGCUGCGGUUAACCGCAGCUUCUGGGCGGUCAAUUGACGGCACACUCCAGUUCCCAGGUGGUCCAUCGUUCGGUAGAUUGAAUCUACCGAACACCCUGGCAGAAAGGCAUGAAUAAACCUUUCAGCAGGGAAAAUAACAGGUCUGAACUGCAGGGCCAUAGUCUAAAGGGAGCAGCCGAGCAACCAGGCUUCUCCAGUGUACAGUGGCGAGUUUGGUUUCGCCACAGGACAUAUCAAGACUAGGCCAUCUAUACCACGAUGAUGCAAUCACCCAAUUUGCAAAUAUCAAAGACUCUGCCUCCCUCACGACCUUUGAUCACUUCAGGUACAUCCAGCUACGCAGCUUCCCUUCUACCCCAGUCAUAAAACAGACUUGAACUGCCCCGCUCGCCCGCUUCGAGCAAGACUGCAUAGCCCACCCCUCCAGAAAGGGACAAAUUUCGGAACUGUACAUGACCAAAGCAACUCACUCAACCCAACUCACAUUCCCAUACAUUGUGGCAUGGGAGACAGACCUGGGACCCCCAGAAGAGACAUCAGCCUGGGCGGAUACAUGGGAGGCCACUGCCUCCAUCUCAAUCUGCGUCACACAUGCGCAACAAGCAUAUAAGUUGCUGUUCCGAGGGUACAUAAAAACACACUGCCUCGCCAUCAUACACCACAACGCCUCUAACAGCUGCUGGAAACAAUGCAGGGAGACUGGAACAUUCUUACACUGCUGGUGGACCUGCCCAAAACUUAAACCUCUCUGCCAGGGAGUCGCAACGUUAAUAACUUAACACUGCCCCGCGGACCCCUGGACCCUCUUACUCUCAAAACCAUAGAGGCCUACACCAGAGCAGAAAAUAAACUGACUGCACGCAUCGCACUAGCAACAUGCAGAGCGAUUGCAGAGGUAUGGUCUACACUUCGUGUUCCAAUACAGGAAACCAUAACAAGGAAAAUCCUGGACAGCUUACAGAUGGACAAACUCACCAUGCAACUACACGACACACCCAAACAACUCCAUAAAAUCUGAGAUCCCAGGCUGGAUGGGGACACAACCCUACUGUGGUAACAACCCAUCACGAUAGACCGGUCAACCCACACAGUUAUGGGGAAGACACGUGCACACACAACCACUAGCACAGUGAUGGGGAAGACACGGACACAUAAACCCUCGCGGCACGCAGACCCACACAACAACCUCACGAGGGGGGUGGGGACUCGGGUGGGCAAAGGACGAGACCCCCGACCUCUCACCUGAUGCCUAUGACUUUGUCUCUCAUAGAACUCCAACUCCCUCAGUGCUCAUAGGAUGAUACACGCGGCACAGCCCCGGACGCAUACCCCUAUUUAAGAUACACAGAACCCCAGACGAACGGGUACAGCAUACAUUUUAACGGCAAGAUGCAAAGCCGACCGAGCAGUUGGCACAAUAGAGCAUGAGCUCCCUCUUGACCCUGACAUCCGUGGGCCCGCGGAUAGAAAGGGCAGGCCACCAACGAGCCAACUCAUAGCACCAUGACUAACACCAAUAGCGGGGGUGCUGAGAGGGCCCCCCAAGAGUGGCUGACGCACCCCGACCACCACCGUAUAAAGACCACAGCUGCACAUGACACUCAAUGACCGUCUGAGGGACUAAAAGCCGACCAACCGGUGUUACCCUCGGUAAUGCCCCCAUCAGAGAGCACCAACCUCGAUUAUGAUACCAACCAAGGGGCAUGUUAGCCCGGGUACUCUAUAUGCACGCACACUACCAAGCAAUGUGAAGGAGGUUGUGUACGAGUGUCAUGAAUGUGAUGAACUGACCCCCUUUCUUUCCCUCUGGAUGACUUCCCCAAGACAAAAGCCCUGCAAUAACUCUUUUUCUUUUUUAUCUCACCUGUUCUAAUGAGAAUAAUGAAAAAAAAAUAAUAGUAAUAAUUUUUAAAAAAGCACAGUGAAUUGAAUGUUUGCACCACAAAUCCCGAGGACGGUGUCAGAUUUUAGGAGUGAAGCCAGACCAUGUUUCAUUUUUCGUUUUUGUAAUCCACAAGUAUUUCAGUAGAGUUCUCUAUGAAUAACUGGUCCUAGCUCUGACAUUCUAAGACUAUUUUUGGCUGCAGUAAAUUCUCCCAUCAACUCCUGUUGACUUGCAAUGUUAUUCACUAAAGUCUGAAUCGCCCCAUACCGAAUGGGGCAAAACCUUUCAGUGCUGUACACGGCCAUUCAAAAUGCAAAAUACAAACAUUUAACAAUGUCCAGAUUUUGCAUAGUUGGCUCUGAUCGAGCCUGAAUUUGGUUUGGAUUUCAGCCAGAUCGAAUGCUGCCAGAUGUUCUCAGGGGGACCCCUAGCCACCAGGUGCGGGUCACAAUUGUCCAUAACUUUGGGGUUGGACAAUGGCAUGUCCUCCCUCCAUAUCCCCCAUUUAAAUGUUUUUUUUUUAAAUUUAAUAUCAGCCACCAACUGUCCACGAGUGGGGGCAUAGUGUUGGACAUUGAUCCAUCCACACCACUUUAUUUAAAGCCCCCACAAGAUGAGGAUCAGCCUGUUAUUUUAUUGUCCCCAUGGUGGAUUUUUCUAUCAAAUGUGCUACCUAGUUGCUAGGUCUUAAUUACAGUAAGCAGCUGCUGGUUGGUUAGUAGAUCUAUCCCCACCGCGACAAGCAAAAUGGGCAUAGAGGAGGUUUUAAACCUCCUUUAUAGUUAUGUGGCUUAUGUUUUUUUUUUUUUUAAUAUGGCAGCUGGAUUGCAAGCACUGGUCAGCUGCCACAUGCUUUACCCUUGUACUUUAGAGUUUUUUAACUGGGUUCUAGUGCUGCUAGCGGGCAGAGAGUACUUCAAAUUACUGUUCGCUUGCAAAUAACAAUAAUUAAUUUGCUUGCAAAGAAUAAUAAUUAAUUAGCAGAUAUACUGGAUGCAUUUGGUCUUUAUUUUUAUUUAUUUAUUCACUGGACUAUGUUAAAUUAUUUUUCUGACAGCAAAAUAGAUCUUGGAUGUUUGUGUCUUGGCAGCAGUUUAAUGUAUUGUUAACACAGUAAACGCCUCUCAGUGGGAGCUCCCAGAUGGACACUGUGGUUAUGGCAAGCUAAACAGUAAUUUACCAACCCCUGUUCGCCUGAGCCCUCUUACCAUUGCUCCCUUAGCCUCACAGUUAUCUCAAAGAGCAACUCCUUUAACUCCAGUCCAAAUUUAAAGGCACACAUUAUGCACCAUGACUAAUGCAAAUCAUUGUAAUGGAGGUGGUGUGAUGAGUCUUUGGGAACCAUAUACACAUUGGCUAGCCUUGGGGGAAAAAAAAAAUAGAAGAAAUUAUAGAAUGUAUAUCACUGUCCUGAGUCUAACAUGUGGAUUUGGGAAAAAGGACACUAUUUGUAGCUUACACUACUUUGUGAACUCCUGUCCUAAAACAUUAUGUACUUUAUCUCUGCAGAUUUAUCUUCCACUCGACUGGAGAAGGCUAGAGAAGUUGGGGCAGAUUUUGCUCUACAUGUCGCCAAUGAGACACCACAAGAGAUAGCACAGAAGGUGGAAGCCUUGCUAGGUUGCAUGCCAGAGAUUACAAUUGAGUGCACAGGAGCAGAAACAUGUAUUCAAACUGGAAUUUAUGUAAGUAUUUCUAAUUAAUGAAUUUAGAUACACAGAACCCCAGACGAACGGGUACAGCAUACAUUUUAUGUAUGUUGAUAUCUGCAAUUGAGGUUUCUGAACCACCCAGGCAGUCUUAUGAUCCACUACACUUUGUCUCCUUGUUUGCUUAAACUGCUAAGGACCAAACUUCUGGAAUAAAAGGGAAUAAUGACAUGUCACACAUGUCAUGUGUCUUUAAGGGGUGGAACACUAAAGGCAUCCAGGCAAACACAACUCGUAUGCACUUAUAGCCUUUAAUCUAAAUAAUAGAAUUGUUUUCCAGAUUUGUUGCAAAUUGAUGUAUUCAACAUUCAGUGUCUUAAGCUUGCCUCCUCUGCACUGCCUCUUCCCUUCUAAAAUAGUUCCUUCUUGCACUACAUUACAUUAUUCAAAAUACAUUAUUUCUUUGCACAUAGGAGGAAUCACUAUGCUGUACCAAGCUACAUUAUUUGUUUCCCUAGUACUAACAUGCAGUCUCCAAUAAUACAUCACAAUGAAAUUUUUAAUGUAUGGGUUUAUGGAUUAAAUUAAACCUCAUAGACCAGAAUGUGAAGCGUCUGAUUGGUUGAGUCUCUUUCUUGUUGCAAUCAGCUAUUCUCUACAUUCCAAUUGAAGAGGAUCUUUCAAAGUGAAGAUUUCUUUUCUUCAGUUAUUAUUUAUGUACAUCAUACCGUUGUUUCUCUGUAAGACAAAUACAAAGUGUUUUGGUAUAAUCCUAAUCACUUUACUUUGUGUGAAAUUGUAUAUCCACUGAGAAUUGUGUAAGAGAAACUUCCAAUUCUUUAUUACAGACUGUACAAGAUUAAAUUACUAUUUACUUAAUUAGCUGCACUAAAAGUAUGUGUCAUUAUACCCACUGAAAUUCUGUAUAUAAAAAAUGUGCCAGAAAAUUGAAAAAGUUAUGCAAUUCUUUUUGCUCAUAAGCUAGGUGACCUGUUUGUCCUAAAAACAAGCCAUACUAACUGUGAUUUGCAUCAUAAUUGAAAUGUUACUUUUAUACCAUAACACAUGUACAAAAAGCAUCCAAUUAAAUAACAAUAUAAGGAAGACAAUCAUUUUACAAGCUACAUAAAACAAUGGUAUAUAGUGUCAUAUCUGUUUAGAAAAUAAAAAUAGCAUUGACCUUCUUAGCUAUAACACUUUUAAAAAUUAUAUUUAUAACAGGAUACAUUUGUUAUCUAACAAAAAAGAGGCUACUUUCUGACUGCUUAAAGGACCACUAUAGUGCCAGGAAAACAUAACCUCAGGGUCCCCCUCCCGCCAGGCUCUAGGAGGUGGAAGGGGUUAAACUUACCUCUUUCUCCAGCGUGGGGCGGGGGACUCUCCUCCUCCUCGGCUGAAUGCGCAGGCGCGGCAUGAGUCGCCCGCCAAUCACAGUGAGAAGCGCGGAAGCACCUCUAGCGGUUGUCAAUGAGACAGCCGCUAGAGGCUGGAUUAACCCUAUUAUAAACAUAACAGUUUCUCUGGAACUGCUAUGUUUAUAGAAAAAAGGGUUAAACUAAGCAGAACCUUGCACCCAGAACACUUCAUUAAGCUGAAGUGGUCUGAGUGCCUAUAGUGGUCCUUUAACAUUUUGGAUUUUGCCCUCAGUGUUUUAAAUGGCUUCUUUUUUAUUAUUGUCACAAUAUGUAUUGUUCACACAUAAAGCACUUUAAGGCCUAUAGGCUACCUGUGUUGCACAUUGCUCCCAUCAGUUUUCUUUUGUCCCUGAUACCCAUUCUGUCACAUAAAUUUGUCGUUUUUACUUAAAGAACGUCUCCAUGGUACAUCCAAUUUGUUAUUCCAAGUACAUCUUGAAUGCUAACCCUCGUGCUUGUAUUGUCAGGUCUGGAUUAGUACAUCACCAGCCUUCCCUCUUCCUUCUAUCUUUAGUUCUGGGUCAAAUGCUAGAUUACAAAAGGGUAGAGCACAAAUAUAAAAUGGUAGUUUUAUCACAUACUAAUGUUGUACAGCUGCACACCAUAAAAACUUUUUUUUCAUUCUACCAAUUUUCACUGCUUCUUUGCUUGGCCAGUGCACAAAUUGACUCUUUAUUCCAGAAUAAAAUCCUACAAUACAAACUUUUUUUUUACUUGUUUAGGUUUUGUUUUCCUUUUUUCUUUGUAGGUAAAUACAGACUCUGAAUUUAAAUAGUGUCUCUUUAUUCCUUAGGCGACACGCUCUGGCGGUACUUUAAUCCUUGUUGGCCUCGGUCCUGCAAUGGUAAAUGUGCCUAUUGUAAAUGCAGCUGUUCGAGAAGUAGAUAUCAGAGGCAUUUUCAGAUACUGUAAUACGUAAGUACCUCUCUGUACUACGUAAUAAAGAUUACCAGUACAAUAGGUUUCAACCUACUUUGUGCCCGUAUUACUGCAAAAAUGAACUUUUUAAUAUUUUGAAUCUAUUCUUAUUUACUAGUUAUUUGCUCAAAUAUUUAUAUACAUAAAAUAAACGAAUACUUCUGAUUGAAAUGGUGUGUGUGUGUGUGUGUAUGUAUAUAUAUAUAUAUAUAUAUAUAUAUAAAAAGUAUCUCGUGACCAUUUAAACAAAAAAAAUAUAUUUUUUCUGAGAAUGUAUAAAAAAUUGUUAAAGAAUUGGGACAUUUGUAGCUCACGCUAUUGCACUCCUAUUUUUCUGACAUGGAACCUGAACAUGCAUAAAUGGGGUGCUGCUGGGGGCCAAAUUUUUCUGACAUGGAACCUGAACAUGCCUAAAUGGGGUGCUGCUGGGGGCCAAAUUAUACAAUACACAAGAUCCAGCGCACUCACCUAUCCAUUAAACAGCAACUGCAAUGUUGAAAGAUUUUUAUUUUAUUUUUUAAAAACACUUAAUCUAGGCAAAAAUAAUGGGGGUUUAGUUACAUUAUUUGAUCAUAUAUUAUAUGAUGGCAGGCUUAUGCAAUGUAUGAUCAUAUAAUGUAACUAAACCCCCAUUAUUUUUGACUAGAUUAGGUGUUUCAAAAAAACUAAUAAAAUCUUUCAACAUUGAAGUUGCUGUUUAGUGGAUAGGUGAGUGCGCUGGAUCUUGUGUAUUGUAUAAUUUGGCCCCCAGCAGCACCCCCAUUUAUGCAUGUUCAGGUGAGUGCAGCCACACCCCCUUGUUUCAUAUAUGUAUAUAUGUGUGUGUGUGUGUGUGUGUGUGUAUAUAUAUAUGUGUGUGUGUGUAUAUAUAUAUAUAUAUAUAUAUAUAUAUAUAUAUAUAUAUACACUGCUGUGUGUGUGUGUGUGUGUAACGGUGCUGUUAGUGUGUGCGUGUAUGUGUAAGGGUGCUGUUAGUGUGUGUGUAUGUGUGAGGGUGCUGUUAGUGUGUGCGUGUAUGUGUAAGGGUGCUGUUAGUGUGUGCUAUGUAAGGGUGCUGUGUGUGUGGGUGCUAUUUGUGUGUAUUGUGUGGGGAUUGGGGGACCCUUCCUUCAUACCUUUUGUAGGGAGGGGGAAUCGUGCUGCUGCCAUCCCUGGUGGUCCAGUGGUGAGUAAACUCUAGCCUGCGAGCUAGAGUUCACUCUCGCAAGACCUUUGUGUAGCAGCGCCGACCUCACAAGAGGAACCAGGCGGAGCUGCUGGCUAGCUCCCUGGGUCCUCUCCUGCCUGUGGGCCGGUGAGGGAGAUCUUUGAUCUCCCUCACCGGCCCAUAGAGGCACAUAGUGCGGCCUGUGGGGAUUAGGGUGUGCCCAGGCACACCCGGCACACCCUGUGCGCAUGCCUUUGUUCAGUCACUAGAGGUGCUUCCUGUUGCAGCCCUAAAGUCUGCUUGAAGACACAAAAUCCUCCCCAUAGAGAUGCAUUGGUAUAAGCACUGUAGACAACCUUCAGCUCUCCAGAUGUGGUGGACUACAUCUUCCAUAAUGCUCUUACUGCCAUAACGCUGACAAAUUUUGCCCCUUUAUAAAUCGCUGGUAAGACCACACCUUGAAUAUGCUGUGCAAUUUUGGGCACCUUUUUUAAAGAAGGAUAUCAUGGCACUAGAAAAAGACAGAGACGAGCUACAAAAUUGAUAAAAGGAAUGGAGCAUUUUAGUUAUGAAGAAAGGUUAAAAAAUUUAAAUCUCUUUAGUUUGGAAAACGUUGCCUCAGAAGGGUAUGAUAACAUUAGACAAAUAUAUUCAGGGCCAGUACAAACCAUUAUCUGGAAAUCUAUUCAUAAACAGGGCUAUACAUAGGACACAAGGUCACACAUUUAGGCUGGAAGAAAGGAGAUUUAAUCUAAGGCAAAGAAAAGUGUUUUUUACAGUAAGAACAGAAAGGAUAUGGAAUUCUCUGCUGAAGAGGUGGUUUUAUCAGAGUCCAUACACAUGUUUAAACUGAAAUUGGAUAAAUAUUUGCAAAAACAUAACAUACAGGGAAAUAAUUUCUAAUUAGUGGGGUAAUAGCUGCUUGAUCCAAGGAGACAUCUGACUGCUAUUUUGGGGUUAAGAAGGAAUUUUUUCCUAGUUUGUUGCAAAAUUGGAAGCACUACAGACUAGGUUUUUUUGCCUUCUUUUGGAUCAACAGCAAAAAUAUAUGUGAGUUCACAACGUCUGGAGUGCCGAAGGUUGCCUACAUAUGGUAUAAUGCAUCCAUGUAAGGAGAUGUAGCUUGGUACAGCAUGGUGAUUCUGCCUAUGUGCAUUAUCCCCACAAUGGUUUUCUAUUGAGCAACAUUUUAGGGAAGAGAUCAUCUUUACAGACUAUCUCAGCUGUGGCAGAGCGGUGAGGUCCGAGAGGUGUGGGACAAAAAGUAAGUAAAUCUUUUUUGUUUUUUUAUUAAUGGUUUACAUGUGGUCCCAAUAGGCUAAAUAGGAAAGGAAGUGCAUGUGUUUCUUUAAUGGCAAUAAUAACUUAUCUGUUAUUUGAUCUGUGGAAGAAUAUAAUUAUGUUUUGACAAACAGAUAGUAAUGUUAUCUUCUCUGAUAGUUUGUACUAUGGGUUAAAUAAUGAGAUUGGGGUCUUGUGACCACUUAUGGUGAAUGCUGUAUUUUGAUCUUUACUUGUCUUGUAUUUGGUUUGUGAAGGAGUCAACCUUUUCUAUUCCGCCCUUAUCUUUGCAGGUGGCCAAUGGCUAUUUCCAUGCUGUCAUCCAAGAGAGUGAAUGUCGCUCCAUUGGUUACUCACCGUUUUCCUUUGGAGAAAGCUCUUGAGGCCUUUGAAACAACAAAGCAAGGCCUGGGAGUGAAAGUGAUGCUAAAGUGUGAUGAGAAUGAUCAAAAUCCUUGAAUACUGAAGUUAAUUCUUAAGUUAAUGUUUAAUGUUUUCAUUCCUUGUUCUUGUUGAUUAGAAUUUAAAUGCAAAUAUAUAUAGCUUAUCUUUUAAAGCAUAUAUCAAUCAGACCUUUACCGUUUAAAUAUGCAACCAUCAAUGACAUGAGAUUAUACAUUAUGAGGCAUCCUUCCCUCCCAAAUUCAAUUAGCAGAAUUAAUUUAAUCUUUCAGAACUAAUUCUAGAGAACUCUGUAUAAAUGAAACAGUCAUCCUCUUGGGAAAUGUUUUCUCAACCUAGUUUACACCUUGGGCUUGAGUUAAAGUGGCUCUUUCACCUUCUGAAGUGACAGCCAGCCACAGUUUUCAGCUCCUGGCUCUUAAUCUGCCAGAAGCCCAUGUCAGUGAUGUGCUGUCACACAUGUAUGAGUGUACAGCACUCAGGUCUGGGGAGGGUUCUGCAAGACCCUGGAAACCUGCACAGAUAUUAUGAAAUGAUGUGUGAGAUAAUGCCAUCACUGGUGAUAUCUGUGGAAAGUGACAUAACUUGACAGCAGUCAAUCCACCUUUUGUCAACUUGAGAAUUACCAUAAGACAAAGCAGUCCCUAUUUUGUCUUAUGGUAUCCUUUGACUGCAUUUGAAUUUUAAUGACAUUUCAACAUAGUCUUUCUGAUUUUAGUUUUUUUUGGUGGUGACAGAGCCACUUUAAAGUGUUCCACUUGAGAAAAUGGUUUAUGAUGUCUUUUGCAAAAACUCUCUUCAGCUAUAAAAUUGCUCCCCUGGAUCAUUGACUUCCACUCAAGAAUUGUACUUGCCCCUUUACAAUUCAAUAUUUGCCCCACUUGUAUGUUUAGCAUAAAUAAUCCAAUCUUCAGUUAUGGUUAUUUAGUGAUUGGUUAUAUCUUUGUUGGCAGCAGUCCACUGAGCAAGUCCAUUGAACAGAUACAUCCCAUAAACUGCUGCUGGACCAAGACUUAUGAGAUAGGAAAAAAAAAAAAAAACCUCAUAGACCAGAAUUGGAGACAUUUAAUUGGUUCAUUCCUGGUUGUGGAGGCCAUUGCAGGGAAGUGCUGCUGUUUUAUGAACUUGUGAAAAUGUAAGUCAGUCCUUGCAUAUAAUCUCCUUAUAAUUGAAACUUGGAUGGAACCAAUUAUGUAACAUGGAUUAACAGCGUUGGGAAAAGUUCAAGUCAAGAUGAAAUGUGUCCCCUGCCACCCACCUUACCCACUUCUGGUCUUCUUUUAGCAGGCUGGAUCUAAUGUUGUAUGCAGUAGUCUGUUGAUUUAUAUGGUUCACAGUAAUGAUCUACUGGUUACAUAUUAAAAAAGGUUUGCUGCUACUUCCCCCAUAAUGGUUAUCACCGUGGUUUGAGACUUUCAUCUGCAAUUGCUAAUAAUGGCCUCCCUCAGUGCAUAGUGUUUAAGCACAUUCUAGGUCAGGGGUGCCCAAAAGGUAGAUCACCAGAUGUUUUAAAACUACAGCUUCCAUGAUGCUUUGCCAUUUUGAAGGCAUUUCAAAUGAAUGCAAAGCAUAAUGGUAAUCGUAGUUCUGCAACAUCUGGUGGUCUAUCUUUUGGGCACCCCUAUUCUAGGUGUUGUAGGAUGCCAGUGUUAACAUUUGUAGUUCAUACCUCAAUUCUGGUGGCAUACAGGUACAAUUGUUUUUAUUUGCCCAAUUAGGGUUUACCUAUAUGUUUACUAGUACUAAUCUAUCACAGUCUAUACAUAAAAUGACUAUAUCUAUGAAGAAUUAUUGCUUUACUGGUACAGUUUAAUGCCACUUGAAUGGAUCCUUAAUAAAUGUGUCUGUUAUUAUUCAAAAAUUUACUAUAACAUAUGUAAUUAAAAAAUGUAAAUCCCAAGUAUUAUUGUGCAUAACUUUAUUUUCACGUGUGAGAAGUGUUUUAAGUCAUCAAGCAAAAUGUUAAAGGAGCUCAGUAAGCACCAUAAUAACUGUUAUACUUUUGUAUAUAAUUCUUUAGUCCGGUAUGAUCACACACAUAGAACAAAAUACAAUGAAAAUACCUUCAAAAGUACAUCAAAUAUGUGAACAGAAUA